AUGGAGACAUGCAGGUACGCACAGGGUCAGCUUUAAAAACCAAAGGGACAUAUUUCCAUGUUGAAACACUCAGGAUUACUGUUUACAAUUACAGACACAUGGUUUUCCUCCCUGGCAGCCUAAGUGUCACUUACAGUGUCAAACACUUACUGACCACACUCAGUGAACCAUCAUGGCUUGGCUCCUAAAUCUGUCCAGCCCUCCAAGCAGUGGCAGAGUAUCAGGCCAGGUUUACUGCCACCAGAUUAGCUUUCAGUUGCCUUAGUCUGACGUGAGCAGCUGACUGCUGGCGGGCAAACGGAGAGGGCUACCACGGCCUAAAAACAACAACAGUCCUCUGCCUUCAGCUGGAGCCACCUACGGUUACCCGCCUUUUUUAUGGACAUGAAAAAAGUGAAUGUAGCAGUGCAAGGAAGUGCAGCGACCAUUUUUUUGUUCACGAGACCUGAUGUGCUGUGCUCAGGUGUGCGCAAAGUGAAUUAAACUCCUCUCUACCUCCAAUGUUCAUUGAUGACUCAGAUUUUUUUUAACUAUCGCAAAAAAACAAAUGAAGUGAGUAGCGUGGCGAACAGGCCGCUGAUUCAUCUCAUUUGUGCACGCAGCUCUCUCAGUUUGUGCAGGUCCCAGACUCAAAAAAUAAAAACUUGAGUCUGACUGCAUCUUCACUUUGGCUUUAAUGCGCACCAACAAUUUCUCUUUUUUGCAACCAAUGUGAACACAACAUCAGAACAAAGUUGUUCCAAAGUGUUUUAACCCAUAAAUUAGAGAUACCUGGCCAGACCUGGCCAGAGAGAAUAGCUAGAUUGAAAGCCUUUUAAGUCACCACUUCUAUCCAGUUAAGCAUCAGAUAUAUUGGCAAAAAAAAAAAAAACCUUGGAGCUACUGCAAAAUAACAGAUCGAAACAAGACAUAAGUGACUAGCGCUGAGCCCCCUGACUCUGGUACUCCGGGGUUUGGGGGUUUACUGGCAGCAGCUUCAAGGCUCUCAGGGAAGCUCAUGGAUGCACUCAUGUUCGUAAAGAUUGAGUGAAGCUGUCAGCAGCCGUGAUGGGAAAGUAUUAGUAUUUUGAGUGUAAUGACUGAAAUAAACACUUUGGAUCAAACAAACUGCUCGUUUUCUGUCAUCCUCAGGCCUCCCACCUCAUCUUCUAAACUCAGUCACAGCCUCCUGGUCAGCUUAACACAGCCUGAGCCAUUUUUAGCAGCUAAUGACUCUCCUCCUGAGCAAGAGUACGAGCUACAGAAGUUACCACAGAUUAACAGACAGAGGCCACACACCACAGGCAAACACACACAAAGCUCUUUACUGACCUGCGGAGGUGAGGAGGUUAAGAGUGAAGGUGAGCCGGGAUCAGAGAGUUUACGGGCGUAAAGGAUAAAGACAGGAGAGGACUCGAAGUGAGGAUAAAAGCUUUAGGAAAACUCCGCUCAGCAAAGAACUGCUUAACGCCAAUCUUGCUGCAGAUGAAUAAUCCAUCAUAGUAAAAAUUUAAUCACUCUUAUUUCUGUCAAAGUUAACUGCAUAGCUGCAAGGUGGUACAGCUGUGAGGCUGCAGCUCUGACAUGCAAAGGCCUCUGCAGAUGCAUUGUUCCUUCAUCCUUAACAUUUAAUGAUAUCAGAUAAGGUACAAUAUUACUGCCAUGGCAUGUUGAAAAAAGUACUGGAAAAAUUCAAUGCAAGUUAACCAGGAAUGAACCUUUAAAGUCAAUACAAAAACUGCAGUUCCCCAACAGUGAUGGAACCAGACUAGUGUGGGGUAGCCAAUGAGGGGCUUACUUUUAAGAGGUGGACAUUAGAGGCUAAGCUCAAACUGAAAGGUUAUCUCCAAUAAUCACAUCUGCUUAAACUUCCUACAUAAAAAUUUGAUAUCCUUUGGUAUGACUCUAACUUUGAAAGGUAACUCAAUAGGGUGGCAUCAUUUAAAACAAGCAUUUAGGAAAAUACAGUUAUGGUUUAAGACUUCAGUAAGGUGGCCAAUCAUGUUUUAAUAGCUACACCACUCUUCCCUGAUGUCAACUCAAGACUGACUUAAAAAGCCAAAAACAUCCCCAUCAGAGCCCAGACUAAAAUAGCAACUUUAACAAGUUGAACUGACAAAAAUGUCAGUUUUGUUGCUCAUUUCUUUAUCCAUAAGAAGUUCAAAUAUACAGUAACUGCUAAUAACCAUCUUUAUUUAAAAAGGAAACGUUGAUAUUAAACUGAAAAUAAUCAGCACUAAACCUGUAACUAACUGGUGCUGUUUACCGUCCACUGUAAGACAGGGAAAAUGAAAAAGAAGCAGCGGCUAGCUAGCUUUAGCAUCCAAAUUUAUUAUGAAUCUAAAAACAAAGUGAGAGCUUCUUUAAAUACACAGUGCAUCAAAUUGUCAUAUCAAUGUCUUGUUCUUCAAUUCUGCAACUCAAAAUUUGGUGUGGUUUCACAAUUUUACAAAAAAACUACUAUGAUCUUCUGAACUCCUCAAAACAUGAAGAUGCAUAAUUCUUCAUGUUUGCACAACAUGAGCAAUGCUAAUGGAGAGUCAGUGGGCUCUCUGGGUUUGAUGGGCACAUGUUUGCAUUAGAAAGUCAUGGGACUAAGUAGGGGUGGGAAUCACCCAUAGAGUGUAUAUAGAAUGGACAGAGUCUGCCUCCUCGCUGGGUGAAGCCACUCUGAGAACAGCACCCUCUGUUGAUGGGCUGCAGUAUAGGUCAUAAAUCCCGCCUCCACCAGCAAAGCUUAUGGGGCUGUGGACAAACUUUAGAAAUUUGCUACACAGAACAUAAAUUUUUCUCCCCCCUGCUUGUGAUGCUGACAUGUAGUUAUUGUGAGACUGGUUUGUGCUCAAGUCCUCUUUUUUCUGUGAAGCUCCAUUUUUAAAAGUUAUUAGGGGGUUCAUGUUUUCUAUGUUUGACACCUGAUACAGCCUCUGGGCGUUCAGGGAUUGCGUAGCUCUCCCGGGGGAUACGCUGUUUGAGCCGAGCGUCAUCACAGCGACUCUCGGCGACUGCGUGGCUGAAUGCGCGCAUCGCUACUGUGCAGCGCUGGUUUCAGGAAAUGAAGAAAAAUCCCGGAAAUACCGAGAGCUAUUUGGCUUCAAAUCUGUAUACAGGUGGUAGGCGGAACCAAUUCGUCCAUAGUAUAUACAGUCUAUGGAAUCACCAGUGGCCUCACGAUAUGAUAUUAUCACAAUAACUGGGCCACAAUAUGAUAUUAUUGCGAUUUUUAACAUUUUGCAAUACAGUGAGUAUUGCGAUACAAUAUAUUGUGAUUUAUCCAAUUUUUUAAACUGUUUAGCUAAUUUAGCAUUUGUCUCUUCUUUAUAUUUGUCUUAUUUACUCUGUAUUUUAUUUUCAUGUAGCAUAUCUUACAAACCUUAUACAUAUAUUUGUUGUACUAACUUUCUUCUGCUCUAUGACAUCACCUCUGCCAACCUCACUGGACAAACAGUUGAUUUUAUUUUUCCAUUAUCAUAGAUUGGACUUCAUAUUAGCAUUUAAUUUGAAAAAAUCGAUACUUGGUAAAUGAGACGAUAUGGUAUAUCACCAGACAAAAUAUCAUGAUACUAUGCUGUAUUGAUUUUUUCUCCCACCCCUAGAACUGCUAGGGUACUUUGCGUGCAGCAGCUUAUUUUCUUUACAUGCAGAUUGGUCUAAAUCAUGCAUUGGGGCAACAUGAAUAUUCAACAUUUAACGAUCAAACCUAAUCUUGUAAAUAUCUGAUAAAAUAUGCCACAGAAUAAGCUUCAGUGGCUUAUCUUGAAGUUUAAAGUUGCAUUUGAACACGUUGUUGCCAAUACAGAAAUAUCAACUUACCUCAGAAUUAAUCGGCAAAUAAUAUCUGAAUUGAUGAACCCUGUCUGAUGUGUUGGCUCAGCACAGAAAGUGGUUUAGAGAAAGUCUGAAUCACUGAAACCCCUGACAGAUGGUGAUAGAGGUCAAACAGAGGCAUGCGGCGGGUACAUGGCAUUUUCUCUCUUGACCCUGGCACUGACAGAGGUCAAGGGUUAAUUUUGAGAGCAAAGGUUACACUUAUUAUAGGUAAUUUGCUCUGGCUAAGCUUGCAGUGUUGGGUCACUGACAAAGCAGGUGUUAAAUGGUUCAGAUUAAAACUUUCCUAAGAAGCACUCAGCUUUCCUCCGCUGCAGAUUCUGCCCACAAUCCCACCUUCAAGGUAAUAAUCCACCUUCAGAUCCAUAUUUCUGUACUACUCCACAGAUUAGACGCCAACGGUUAUUUUUGGUCUCAGCAGGUCAACAUCUUUUCUUCCUCUCCCCACCGUUUCAGCUCCUUAUUUAUCACUGGAGACACCUGUAGUGUUUGUGAAGUGUCCCUACCUGGAAAACAAAAACAGCUCACAGUGUCCCCUUUAGCUGCUGUGAUGCAGAAGCAGAAAAAUAAUGUCUUGACUGUGGCCCUCACAGGAUUUGAAAAGUCAUAGCAAGAGUUGGGAAAUGUGACGACUAAUGACAACAAAUUUAAAGGUGCAAUUUGUAGGAUUAAGCAGACACAAGACAGCAGCCAGGAGGGUUUUUGGUGUUUCCAGGUGUUGUCUCGCCCUGUCCCUCUUCCUUCCAAACCUCUCUUGUUGAUUAUGAUGGCUGGUCAUGUACUGCCUUAUAUGUCUGUUGGUGAAGUCACGGCAUGCCUUUGCCACUCUAUGAUUGCCAAUUCUGACACAGUAAAUGUAGUCUGACCUGAGCAUAAAAGAAUAUCCCAGUAUUUUUGGAGUGAGGUUGUAAGCAUAUCAGCCACAAUCGAUGCCGCUCAGCUCAGAGCCUUUAACAAGGAACUGCUGGAGAACCAGUAAGAAACCUAGGCUUACAGCUUUCAGCAGACAUGGUCUAUUUAAAUUUGUCUGAAACUAUGUGUUUGCUGUCAUUCUUGGUUUGGUCUCCUUUGAAAAAAAGGAUCUCUGAUCUCAAUAGGACUAACCUGGCUAAAUAACAGUUAAAUAAAUGAAAAUAAAUAAAGACAGGGCUGAGGGCACCACAUAAUGUAGACCACAAGCUCUCAUCUUGGUUUAAUCCAUAGACUGUAUAUACUAUGGACAACUUGGUUCCGCCUACCGCCUGUAUACGGAUUUGAAGCCAAAUAGCUCUCGGUAUUUCCGGGAUUUUUCUUCAUUUCCUGAAACCAGCGCUGCACAGUAGCAAUGUGCGCAUUCGGCCGCGCAGUCGCCGAGAGUCGCUGUGAUGACGCUCGGCUCAAACAGCGUAUCCCCCAGGAGAGCUACGCAAUCCCUGAACGCCCACAGGCUGUAUCAGGUUUUAAUCAUAGAAAACCCGAACCUCCUAAUAACUUUUAAAAACAGAGCUUCACAGAAAAAAGAGGACUUGAGCACAAACUAGUCUUACUGUAACUAAAUGUCAACAUCACAAUCACGGGGGAGAAAAAUUUCUGUUCGUGUAAUAAAUUUCUAAAGUUGGUCCACAGCCCCAUAAGCUUUGCUGGUGGAGGCGGGAUUUAUGACCUAUACUGCAGCCCACCAACAGAGGGUGCUGUUCUCGGAGUGGCUUCACCCAGCGAGGAGGCAGACGCUGUCCAUUCUUUAUACAGUCUAUGGUUUAAUCGCACGCUUUACUGAGAAUUUUUCAUCGCGUUUGACUAUCUGCUGAUGCAACACAUUUCUGUUCUCUCACAUGCAGUGCAAUCAGAUUUAUGGAUCUAUGAUCUAAGUGAAUGAUCCACUUACAUGUGACUCAUAUAACCCCAGUUAAAAAAAAAAAAAAAAAAAAAAAAACUAAAAUGAAAGUUCAACACUUCAAACUUUGGUCUGUGGUACUCUUUUAGAAAACAUAAAAACUUUCAACUUUCAUCCUCAGAGAGGGGAAUAAGUUUGGCUGCCCAUGCAAAGACAAAAAUCAAAGAGUGCACCAGUCAGGCAGGUCACAGCUUUUGAAAAAGUGUUUUUAACGGGAAACAUCUAUUUCAAGAAAGGCAUUUAUUCAACCUGUCAGAACUUUUUUUUACAUUUUCACUAACACAGUUAAAAAAUAUCUCAUGAACUAUCAUUUGUAUGGUGAAAACUCAUUUUGGGCAGGUGAGCUUUGCUUGGUCUCUGAACUUCAAACCUGGCACUCUGUCUAAGGCUUGGCACUGCAUGCAGGAUUUUCAACUUUUUACCAGGACAAGGUAAUCUCAUUAAUCUCGCCCCUGCAGUCUCACAAAAAUAGGAUUUUGGUUUGAGGAAUAAUAGUGGACCCUGCUAAAAGACAACACUAAUCAUGCUUGAGAUCAGCCUCUGACUGGUUUAUUGUCUGCAGACCACAGCUAGUCAAGGCUGGGGCUGUGAUUGAUAAGGGCAAAAUUUGGCUGAUCAAAUUCAAUGACAGAGCUAAAGGAAGUGCCUAAGACAUUGUUUUACUCAAGUCUUUAUUUCUACGUUUUAAAACAACCAAAGUAUUCAGGCUUUGACAGGGUCAGUGGUGACCUCAAAGGUCGAAGGGUAGUGGAUACACAAUGGGCUAAUAUGAGGUUUAAAUACAUGCAACUUUAAGCAUGAAAAAGUCCAACUCAGCGGUUCCUAAAAUUAGUGUUUCCUUGCAGCUACAAACAGAAAUAAGAGCUGGCUGGACCUCCAAUAUGGGCAGCAGAAGGUGUAUUACAUCACCUUCAAAUCUUCCAUUCUUGCACCAUCUACCCUGUCCACCCACCCAUCCACCCCCCAGCGUAUCUCCUCUGUUGUGGGCAGUGUCACCUAACAAGAUCACUGCAGGCUAAUCAGCAGGGAGGAUUCCCAUUGGCCGAGGGCCCAAAGGCCAGCCCAUGGCAGGAGGUUGGCAUGACAACAACACCAAUUGACACUGACAGGUCAUUGCUACACAUAAUGGGAUUAUGGAGAUGGGAUGGAGGGAGGGAAGGGGUGAGAGGUUUUGUCAGAACAGAGGGAAAGGGAAGAAGGGUGAAUAGUUUGUGUCACUGUGUGUUGGUUCCACAGACGCUCUGUCAUGGCUGCUGUUGUCCUGUUUUAGCAACAUGAUUAGAUCCCGAGGCUAGUUUGGGAUGCAGCUGACCAUACAACUCUACAGGGAAGACUGGAGGCUAGGCCGGUUUCUCUGAGGCAGACUGCUAAAGUGGGUUAAUUGAUAUCUGCAAGGCUGGAACUGUCUAAACAGACUCACAUUGUAAAUGGGGUUCUCCAAGGCUAAAUCCCUAGUCCUCCUUUCUUUUAAAUCUCAGUGAAACCAGUGAUGAAACCCUGUCCUGACCAUUACCAGUGACAAAGUUCUUGUGAGUUCUACAAGUGCCCAUAGCCCCGAUUUCCCUUUAGUCAAAGUGGUUUCCACUGGUCCCAGCCCAGCUGUCCCAAUUACAGGAAAGAUGCUAAAUGUUGUUUAAAUAAUCAGCUGACUACUCAGCUCAUUUUGCCAGCACUACCGUCUGGACCACCCUUUUCCUGGGCUUAGAACAUCUCCUGAUUAUUUAAAGCUCCUGUACUUGUGGUGUGAUCACAAACACUCAUAUGUCUCUUUUGUUGUGUGCUUUAGGCAUGAGUCCAUGAGACUUUACCCUAGAAAAACUCCAGAGAAGUUCAUGAACUUUGCACUAGACCCACAGUGACAUCAGGUCAUGACAGUGCCAUCCAACAAGCUUUUGAGAUUAUGCAGCUUUUAGUUUUGUCAUGUUUAUUAUUGUGUGCCAGAAAGAACUAACUUUUUUUUUUUUUUGUAGCUUUUCAACAUUUAAGUUGCUACAGGUGCCAAAUAUCUACCUGACUUCUCACAAAUUCCACCAGGACAUGAAUACUGCAAAUCCAGGACUGUCCUGCAAACUUUUCCGUUUGUCCUUUUGGGAUUUCACACAAUUCUUGGUCUAUGAUAUUCAGGAAGUAGUCUCAAGCGGUCUGCAGUGUUAUGAAAACAUCAAAAAUGAUAGUUUUAAUCAGUUUUCAAACAUUUUAAUCCACAUCUUGAGAUGCAACAUGGCUAGAAAUGAUGCUACAGUGGCCCUGCAAACAUUUCAGUCAUUGAGGAAACAUUUGAUAUAGCACAAAAACCGUUAUGCAAAACACAACAAUAUUUCAUGAAAGACAGACACAUUUCACAAAAUGAACGUUUACCACAAAAUUCAACAUUUUAUGAAAAUAUUUUGCAUGUUCACAUUUAAGAUCCUCCGUUAGGACAUAUAAAUCAACUAUCAUUAUAUGCAGACAACUUCCACAUUUAUCUAAGACAGUUAAAAACUGACCAUACUCUUUGCACUAAAGUUAUAAAGUUAUUAGUCUUGUAUUAACUCUCUUAAGCUGAAUGUAGACUGAGCAAAGAUAUUUUACUUUUGCUACAAGGAGUGCUGCAGCAGGCUAGAGCUCAGCUCGACUUUCUGUCACCUAAAACCGAAAACUGAGCCAGGAUUCUCGCUGUAAUCACAGACUGUGAGAUUUAAGUCAAAUCAGUCUCCUUAACUGGCUUACCCUGUGUUAGACAAUAGAGUUCAGAGGGCUGCUGUUGCUCUAUAAAUCUCUAAAUGGCUUAGGACAAAAAUACAUGAGGGUGAACCACCUGAACCCGACGGCCUCUGGUUCUGUGUUCUCCGAGCAGUAAUCAGAGCUGCUACACUAACUCUGCAGCUCCAAGCUUAAACUUUCUCCUGAGGAUAUCAGACCUGCAGCCACCUUGAAUAACUUUGAGUCAAAGUUUAAAACUUUAUUGCCCUGUUCUGCCUUUGAACGAGCCCUUCAUACUUAUGAUAAAUAGCUUUUCUUUGUUCGUUCUCAUUCAAACUGUUUUUGACCUGCAACCUGGCUUGACCUGUAAAAUAGAAUAAAUUCCUUUUUAGAAGAUGUGAGAUUAAGUGGGCUGCACAUGAAUCACAGGAGGUGAACUGGCCUCCAUCCAACAGCUUCCAUACCUCGGUCUGUAUAGGGUCCAUAGUGGUCACUUUCUGGUUCCAAAUCCAGAUCCCAAUAGACUGGCACUCUCUAAAUUUUACAUUGUUCCCAAAGCAUGCCUUAAAUUGCCUGUUUCUGCAGAGGCAUGAUGCACAGUGAUAACACCUUCUUUUCAGCCAUUUCUCCAGCCAACAGCCUACAAACCUGCAAGCUUUGCCACAGACAAAACCUCGACAUUAACUUUACCUGGAUUUUCCCCAGCAUGAGAGAAAUUUCCCAAAGAAGUUGGAGUGACCUGGCAUGCAAAUACAGCAGGUAAUAUAAGAGAGAAUCCACAAUGAGUGAAUGGGCAAAAGUGGACAUUUAUAUAUGCAAUUAAGGAGGGCAACAAGUGAAAGAAUGAAUAGAAGUAUCAAUGAAAGCAAAGAAUGGAGGAUGUGUGAAAACUAGCUUUGGAAAACCUUUCAAGAGUGCAGAUGUGAAAGCACCUCUGCGAGUUCUUCUUGAUCAGUUCUGUCACAUAUUUUUUAAACACAAAAGAAAUUCAAAAAGCACCAAAGUGUCCAUAAUCUAAACUGAUCAUCUCUGAGCUGAGGUGGCUGCGGGCUCAGAAAGGUUAUUCUGAGACACAAACACACAAACUUAUUUCAGGUCACAAACUUAUUUCUGUCUAACUGUGUGGUCCUGCUCCAUCCUCCUGCUGAGGUUUAAAGGCUGUUCAAGGAUGGGACCUUAAAAGAAGAGGGACAGCAUACAGUGCUAGUCAGCAUGGAUCCAACCCAGACGACACACCACACACACACACACACACAACCACUCUCACACACAAACAGAGGCUUAGCAGCCAGCAGGACUUGUGUCUGAGUGCUACCAGACUGCCUGUCAUGUCAGCGCCUGCAGCUCUGUCAUGAAUCAGCAGCAGAGAGAGAUGGACAGAUAGAGAUACUCGAGCAGAGAGGGGGAUAGAGAGAUGCAGGCAAACAGAAAACACAAAAAAACAUUCAGCAAGUGACUUUUUCUUUUUGUCUUGAACUGCCAGUGUCAAAGGAGUUCAAGAUAUGCACAUGCACACAGACUAAUAUUCAAUUUCCGCUCCUUCUUCAGUGAUAACAAUCACUGCUAAAGCCCUGAUAGAGGGACACGAUCUUACGACAUCAUUAUGUGACUGUUUCAGACAGCCCUCAACGUUGACCUUCUUCCCAGCAUAACCAGACUACCAUGAAUAAAUGGUGAAGCGAGUGGUUACUCCGCAGUGGGGCCCCUUUUUUGCAGCAAAAAGAAGGCAAAUUUUGACAUCAUGCAUAAGGAGGUUAAUCAUCAUUUUAAGGCACAGUAUUUUAUUUGAACAAAGCACUGUGUGUGGACGCUGGACCCUGAGGGAAAACAGGAAACAAAGUGUAGAAAAUAAAGCUGCAGUAAAGAUAAAGGGCUCUAUUUUCGUGCCUCACCAACACCGUGGCGCGGCAUAAGUCAGGUCCGCCGCGCUGACAAGGCGUUCCCAAGCACAAUUUGGUAUUUUGGUGAGCAGCGCAGCCUAGCGUAAGUAUCCCCCCUCCCUAACUCAGCUCCUCCCAGCGGCGAAAGUUGUAGGGAGGGAGGAGAGAGGGCGUUGAGUGGGUUUAACACAGCCGAGACCAGUAUUGACCAGUAACAUCAGCUCCUCUCCUCGCCUUUAAAUCCACCACCGGCGAGGCGUAUUACAAUUUCCGUGAAGUAGUCAAAGAGAUCAAGAGAUGUCUGAAGACAGUAAUGCCACACGAUGGUGACAGAAGGCAGCUCCUUAACAAGUGUUGCUGUAAGAGCUGCAGAGGGCGGUCUUUACACUGUCUCAUAUAAGCACAGAUGGAUUUAGUGUGUGUAAUGUUGGACCCACUGGUAAGACAAACACCCUUUUCCACAAAUAAAGCCACUCACAUAAAGUUGCAUAUAUUUAAACCCCACAUGACAAAGGUGGGUUGUGCACACAGAUCACGUCAUAAAUUCCAAUAAUGACAUUAAAAUCGGAACCAUCUGUGCGUAGAGCCCAAAAUGUCACUGCUUCAAUAACUACGUUUGAAGGAGCUGUCCAAGGUACCUGUUGAUUGGACUUCUGAUUAUGCAUCGCCUCAGAGUGCAGAAUUUCAGUCCCUAAGUUAUCAAAGAUCCCUGUGUAGUGUCUACAUGCAUAUAGUUUAACUGCUCUGGAGGAUUUAGGAGGAUUUUCCUCUCAUGGGAGCUUUGGGUUGUUUCUCAAAGUGGUCCCCACCUCUAUCGGUAAGAGGAUGCUGAGGUCUUCCUCUCGUCUGAUGCUAACACAGCAGAGUGGCCUUCAUCACCUGUGACAUAUUAUUUUUGUCAACACUGGCAUUACAAUCAGGUAGACUCAUAUGCUGCUGCACUUCUGAUGGUCCCACUGCUGUCACCAUGAAUAAAUCUAGAUUUGUGAGUUUUAACUCUGCAUCCUUUAUAUAUUUGCAGUGUAUUUCCUAUUCAUGCAUCUAUUUUGGACUUUUUUUUGUCUGUCUGAAUUUGCAGCCUGGGAUCCAAAUUUCUGAAACUCUUGCUGCCUGUUUGUCCUUGCCCACCGUACUCAAAUGUAAAAACUGUGUCCCUCACUUCUGGCUCUCAGAUAUCUCACACCACGUUUAAACAGCUUUAACUGCUACUGUCAUUUAGGGCCUGGCUAUGUUUUGGACUUGAUUCUGAUUGGUGAGACCCCCCAAAAAACAGUCAUUGCUUUCAUGAUAGCUACAAUGAACCUUGUGCUGUUUGAAUCCUUUCGAAUGAGAGCUUUAUGGGUGUCAGGAGGGGGACUGGCAGCUUGAGUGGUCGCUGUUUCUGCAUGGUCCUAGUGCCUGCAUUUCCCCUUUUUUUUUUUUUUUUUUUGUUUGUUUGUUUUAAUAAUGCCUUUUUUUUUAGACUGUAAAAAGUGAAGGCAUCUAAUACUCUCCUGAACCCUCCCAGAUUUUGGGAGUCUAUUUAGGCUAACCUGCUCUCUCACUUCGGCCCUGUCACUUCUCAAGUCGGACGAUCCUCCCCAGCCCCCAACUUGAUGACGACGGCAUAAUUCAAGAUGGCUGUGCAGUGCAUCGGCAGUAAAGAGUAACAGUGAAAGCUCUCAUAAUGUAUUAUUUAUUAGCACCUCUGUUUUGUUUUUGUGAAAUUAAAUAAGUGGUAUAUGUUGUACUGCCCAACAACUAACUGUGAACACGGUGCUAUGCUGUUUGUAGAGUAUACUGUGUUGUGUGUUGUUUACAACUGGUAACUAACAACAAUGAACAACAGCUGGCAACCACUAACAAUGACUAACAAUGGCUAACGACAGCUGACAACUGUAAACAACAGCUUACAACGGCUAACUGUAGGUGUCCAUCUUGAUUUUCCGACUUGUUAACUGGAACGUCAUGAACUCGGGUGUAAAGUCAUUCCCAGCUCCGACAUCCAACUUCUGAGGUAACUGGAAUGCAACAUACACCUACAGCCCCAGCAUCCACCUGCUGGCUGAGGUCAAAGAGUUUAAGACGUAAACACAUCCCUCCUCGAACCUCUGCAUGCAAAAGGAGCCCAUACGGUCUGAUGAGGUUGCAGCCUGCAGAUGCAACAGAAGUUUGGCUGCACACCUGCACUCCUAUCGCAGGCCUACUUUUGUUUAGGUGCAUCCAAAUGCAUCAAACUUGAUUGGCAACCAUCCUAAAAAUCGUACUCUCUGAACAUCAGGAUGUUAACACUGUCACUGUGAGCAUGUUAGCAUGCUGACAUUAGCAUUUCCCUGAGCCUUGGCUGCAGACUCUAAGUCUUGUUCCUUGUUUCUUCUUAUCAUGAAUAAUUAAACUCAGCGCUGCCCGGCGCUGCGUGUGAAUGAAGCCUGAAAGAUUUACAGAGAGAAAGAAAGAGACACUGGAGUUGAUGGAGAAAAACAAGACAAGAGGGGAGAAAAAGAAGUAAAGAGUGGUGGAAGGGAAAAUAGAUACAGAGAGGAUGGAUGGAUGAGAGGAGGAGGCGGUAAAUAGCGAAACGAUAAAGGGAGGAGAAAAUGAUGGGGGGGGGGGGGGGGUUAAGAUGAGGAGUGGAGAGGAGGUAAAACUAGCUUCAAACCUAAUUACACAGAUUAAUGUGGCGUGUAGAGAGCAGUUACCCAAAUAGACCGAAGAGACAGAGAGAGAGGGACAGAGGGAGAGAGAAAGAGAGAGAGAGAGACAGAGAAAUAGUGAGAAUGAGGGAGAGAGAGAGAAUACUCUCUGUGAUGCUUCGAGUCCUAAAUGCAAAUAGGUGACCACCCAACCCCCCAACCCCUCUCGUCAGACAGGAUGUGUCAGCACAAUACCCCCCCCCCCCCGUUAAUUUCCUUCUCAUUUAUCUCUCUUUUUCCUCUCUGUCAUUACCUCUCCUCACUUCAGUUCAAUUCACUGAGUUUUAUUGAAAUAAAGUACAGUUCAGUGUGUAAAUGUGCUGAACAAAAUAACACCUCAUGGAAAAACUAUCCUGAGUGUGCAGAUUCCUAGAGUGACUUUUAAGGAGGAAUUAGAGGAAAAUGAAAAACACUCAUCUGAGUUUUGACCGUGAUUUAUGCUGUCUUUUCACCAAAUUCUCUCGUACAAUUAUUGUCCUGUUCUUGCAGCAGAAACAAGAUGAAAUGGGAACGAAAGAGUCUGUUUUGGUCAGAGUCUGAGGGCCUAUCAGACACCCAAAGGCUGCACGGAAACCAUUUUAAACCCACAGAAAGUUGUGACAGCUACAUUUGAUCCUCUUCAAAUUUAGAAUCCUUCAGCCCGUGCCGCUGCAAUUUUCACUAUUCUUUUACAGUCCGUCUCUGGCAAGCCCCCCAAAUUUAUGUGUGUAUAAAAUGCAACACUAAAUCACAGCAGCACGUCUUAAAAUAACUUUUUAUGCAUCUUGGCAGCAGUAGAGACGCAUCGGGAAAGCUAGAACAGAGGAGUGGGAGUCGCAGAUACAUGAUAGGUGCAUUGGGGAGCUCAUUUGCGGGUGGUUAAUGGCUUGGUCCUUAACAAUGGCUUUUCAGGAAUCCAUUUGCUAUGGGAGUUUUAUCCCUUCCUUUUGUAUGCAGAUUUAGUCACAAGUCCAACAUUUACGAAGUAUUAUUCAAUCUCUUUAAACUCUCUGACCUCCCUCUCAGGUCAAGUUGAGGUGAUGAUACAGAACAUGGGAGCAUCACGCCUGUAAUGACCUAAAUCUCCUUUAAUGUGCAUCAGUUAAAUGAGGGAUUUUCUGUGGACUGUAAAUUAGGGGAAUAUAAUGUGAAAGGCAUGAAUGAUGUUGUCUAAAUCUUAUAGAAAAACACACAAUCAGUGAUGAGAGGACCAGUCUAGCCUGUGCUCUGUUUGCAGCUUAUGGAACUUUUACCCUUUGACUGGGCUGGAAGGAUCCCCAAAACCGAGGCAAAAACAAGUCUCAAACACCGAAGUUAACUCCUAUCAUGCAGAUUUCUUUCCAAGUGUUGAUUUACCUAAGAAGUUUGGUUUUAACCUUUUAACACUGCCAUUGACAGAAGUUUUAACUAAUGGGGUUCCUGCAGCGCUGUGGGCACCAGAUUAUCAGAGCAAAAGAAGGAACAGUGAUUUUAGAAUAACGAAGAGUCAUUGAACUUUCCAUAAACAUGAGUCUGUGAUUCAAAUCCUAACACAAAUCUGUCUCACAGUGGACUGGACCCACCUGCAGGAACUUGGUCAGAAGAAUGGGCGGCUAUGAAUACUGUAGAUUGCUCAGCUGCCGAUGAAGGAUGCAGACCUCUCCUACAUGGUAAGAAUGUUUUAAUUCUGCUUUCAUACGGUAAAAAGAUGGGAUGCAAUAUCUAUCUCUAUUCAAUCAAAAGGUUUGAAACCCCACAGGCACAAUGGAAGUGCUGUGAGACAACUUAACUGUGCAUGUCAAGUACUGAUGUGGAUAAGUCUGUUUCAGCAAGAUGGUGCAAAUCACUUACCCUGAGCCCUCCCUGGCUGCAGCAGGCAUAGAUAUCUCUCCUUUGGGGGGUGUCGUUUCGCCUUCAUUAGACAGGACAGCUUAAGAGAGACAGAUGAGACAGAAACAGAUGACAAGCACUGAUUACUGUUGAGGCCAGGAAUCAGUCCAGCACUGUAGCGUCUGCACACAUGUCACCUGCUCUAUCAACUGAGCUAAACUGCAUCCACAUCAUUAGACACAUUUUUAUGGAAGAGUCUGUGAGCAUCAGUAUAAACAGUCUGUUUUAUAACCAUUUUAAACUCCUCAUGCUGAGUUUAAGAAAAAAAUCACUCAGCACUGACUUUUUUUUCCACAUGGGGCUCAGACCACCUCCUCCUGGGCGGCUUGACCCAUCCUUCACCCCAACUUUAUCACUCUGUCUGUUGCAUAACCUGACUGCACACAUGCUGGGCGGGACAACUGAGUGACAAAUAUUGCAGUGGAUGGGUUCAAAUUGGGGUUACUCUAAAGCCUGGUUCUUCUGCAUCUUCUGAGGGGUGCCUUUAAGAGUCCAGACUUGUCUGCCUGGGAAUGAUGAUGAACUACAUUUAGCAAUUGGGGCAAAAGCUGCAUGAAACCCCACAGAAAAGAACUAGAAUAUCUGCAAAAUGGGCUCAUAUAUGAAUUUAGGCGCAUAACUUGUCAUUAGUUUGGGUGCAAACACAGAAUAAGAAACACCAGAUUCAAAGGUGUAGUUGCCUCUUAGUUCCAGUGUCAGGUUUAAUUUUGUAAAAUUGGGUCAGAAAACAGGUUUCAUUCACAUAAAUAUCGGGAGAGUUCAACAAAGCAAAAGCAGUUUUUCCCUCCCUCUGUCGCUGAGGCUCUGAGUUUUCAUUCUUUGUUUCAUUUCCCUGCUAUUACCUCAUCCCGCUUUGUGUGUGUAGGAGAGCGCGUGUACAUGUGUGAGUGUGUGUGUGAUGAGUCAUACUUUUGUUUUGUGGCGGUCUUUAGUUCCAGCGGAUGGUUUUGGACUGCUAAGGGUGACAAUGACACACACACACACACACACACACACACACACACACAUACACACACACACACACCGCCUUUAAUUCAUGCGAAUGUGGGGCUGCAGGAGGUUUUGGGGGUGGAGGACGCUGACAUGCAUCACAGCAGCCCCUGAAAGGAGACCCCCCUCUGACUCCUCCCCCUUUGCACCCUCUCAUCCCUCUCUAUCCUCCCCUUUUUCUUUCUCCUUGUCCUCACUUCUCUUGACUUUACUCUUCCACUUCUCCUGUUUCUUUUUCCACCGUUUUUCUCACUUUUCAUCACUUCCCUGUAUGAGUUCCUCCCUAUACCGCUUUUCUUUCUUUCCUUUCUCAGUUUUGCCUGGGCUUCCCUUCUUUUUUUCCUCUCUACCAAGCACUUUUAUCACCUCCCCCCCCCUUUUUUUUUUCCAAUCUCAGGCUGAGGACCUGGUUUUCACUUGAACCCUAGAACCAGAAUGGAUGAACUUGAAAUGGUCCCACCUGUUCAUCCUCCUCUGAUUCAUGCUGCACCUGUUUCAUCCAUCCCCCGUCCUUCAUCCACCUCUUUAUCACCCUUUUCCUCUGCUCUUCACUUUCCCUCUCUUUCCCCCUUCCCUCAUCUCCUCCUCUGUACUCACUUCAUUUCUCCCAUAUUUAUUCCUCCUCCUUGCUGUUUAUCCUCUGUAUCUCUCCCAUCCCUCCCUUUCCUCCCUCCCACUCCUCUCUCUCUCUUUCCCUCGCCUGCCUUCCAUCUUCCUGUCCUUCUUUCCCAUCAUCCUCUCCAUCUUUCUCUGCUAAUGCACAUCAUUUUCAUGCUCUUUUAUUUUCCUUCAGGCCUGACUUGUUCUCUCUCCGUCACACACAUUUGUCUAUCACUUUCACACAUUUGCACUUCCUCUUCUCUCCCUCAUUGUCAUCUCCUAUCUCCUCGCUUCCUUUUCCUAGUGCCAUUUCCUUCUUUCCUUCCUCCACUCUUCCUCCUCCCUCCAUCUCCCCAUCUCUCCCUCUGUUAUUCCACCAGUCAACAUUGAUUAGAUAUCGAAGUUAAUCCUAGCUAAACUCCUCCGCUUAUAGCUUACCCGCCUCAACCAAUUACAAAGACGCUUGCUACCAGCAGGGGCUCUAAACUUUGACCUGAUUGGCUGACGGAGCGGCAGGCUGCCGCACGAGUACGCCACACGUCCGAAAAUAAGCGAGCAGGGAAGGAUGAGCAGGAAAUUAAUUUGACAGGUAGCGCUGAGAGCCUGAUAAAACACACACACUCUCACACACCUCCCCUAACCCUUGACAUACACCCUUGAGUACAUACACACACACACACACACACACACACACACACACAUGCUCACUCACCCAUUCAGUUCAGCAUGAAGACGUGAAUAAAGGCUUUAUGUUGUGGAUGUACGCUCACACUUGCACGUACACCAGACCUGCUGAACCACUGGUAGAGUAUCGUUACAUUAUACUGGGAAAUAAUCAUUUAUAUGUAGGUUUAAAUAAUGUCCCUUACUUUGUUACUAUUGAAAACAAACUAUAAUCUUUAUUUUUAAGCCCUUUAUAACUGAUGUUAAACAUCCGGUGUGACGUGUGUUAUACAGAGUAAAUCAGGGUGUGUCAAACCACAUUUUGCUAGUUAAGCAGCACACAGUCUGAGCGUUAAGCGAGCUACAGGGCGUAAAGAGGUUGGAGUAAGUCCCAUGGCUAAACGUAGACAUGUUUAAGAUAUAACUUGAAUCAGACCAUUAUCAAUAACUUGAAAUAGCCAUGUCCCAUUUAAAUCACUAGCCACAGUCACAAUGCCAACAGGUGCUAGAUGAUGCCAUAAAAAAGAAAUUUAAGAGCCGGUCUAAACACAGCUAACUGAAGUGUUAAACCACGUCCUAGUUAUGAUUUACAAAUAAAAAUGCCUGGGUAGGAAAGAAGGAAUGUCUGCACAGGCAAAACAAUUAAUUAGAUGAACACUUUGGAGAGUUUGAUGUUUGCAUUGGUGUUUAUUUCUACAUCUCUCAGUAAAUGUAACUUGUGCCAACUCGUACACCUCUAAUUAGGUAGUGUGACAUCUUCUCCUACUAUUUGCUUUAUCUGCAGCAACCUGCAGCACACUCUUUGAAGCCUGACUGAUUAUAGUAUAGGAAAGACUCAACACUGAAAAUCUAUAAGGAUAAAGCAGCCGAAAAGCUGAAGCGGUCCUCUUUAGCCCAGCUGGGUUUUAGUGUUUUUAUGUCAUCCUCAGCAUGAUGUCUGAUUUUAUAUUUAAAUGGCAAAAUAGAUUUUUGGUCUCACACAGGACUGAAACUUUGGCUGUUUGGAUGAAUCCUGCAAGGUGAAACUCCUGUGUUCGCCCCUGAACUCCACUUCAGCCUUUAGGGUGGAUACAUGGUGGAAAUAAACCGAGACAUAUCCUUCUGUCUCCUUUUCUUCUCGACCUUUAAGAGCCAUUUCCAGGGUGUUAUUGUGUAAUCUGUUUCUGGCAUUACAGCUCAUCUUUCUCGGCUGUGUCCCAUUCGAAACCAGAACAGAAGAGCAACCAAAUUCUCCACAUCCAGACAGCUGCUGUCUAAGGGGCCUUGGAGGGAGAAAUGGUGAGAGUAAGACUUAAGAAGAGAGGUAGAGGGGAUUUUGAUUCUGUAUUAAGAUAAGAGCAUUUUAGACCGAGUCGAGGACAGAUAUGAGGGUUUGGUUCAACAUUCGGUCUCUUUUUGUAAAGAAUAUCUUAAAAGUUAUAAUCCCUAACUUUGCAGUUAUUUUUUAAAGCUCAGGCUGGGUGGUAGGUGGUUGGAUUGACAGACAGAAAUCUGCCUCCGACCUCUACCAAGCAGGGUUUCAUGAUGACAGUCGAUCCCCAGACUAAGACAAGAAGCAUGGUCUCUACCUGAUGAUACCUUUUUAUUCUGUGUAACAUGAUCAGCCUUAAAGGGACAUUUAGGAAACAAGAGGAGGAAAAUAAACAGAAAGGCACUAACAAAGGAGAUUCGAAUACAGUCAUGGUAUAAGUGGAAGAGACGUCUAUCAAAUUGAAGAAAACAGAUGCAAAGCAUCUACAAAUCAGAGAGCAAGAUAGGUUUCUCAAGAGGACCUUGUGUUUCUGCAUGUGUCUGCAGACCCUGAGGUUAACAUUUCAGUAAUUUUUCAUUUUGCUGCUGCUGAAUGACGCAAUCUACUGGAGAUCGACUACAACCAUCAGUCCCAGAAAACAAGAUCCCGAAGAAUUAAAAAUAGAGAACAGGUUUAAAAAUACCCGAAGCAACCUUUAACUCUGGAGUUAGUAGAUCAAAAACAAGCCUUUUUCAAUCAUUUAUGUGGCGCUCAUGUGUAUUUUAGGAGGCAUGGAUUAUUGAUGUGCUUUUGCAGAUAAGAGUAUCUUAUAUGAGUAAUUUCUGAUGACACAUAAUAAACACUUGGUGUUCGUAAGUUCAGUUUGUAUGAACGAGAUGAUUACACAGAGGGAUACACUGUACAGAGAGGCUCGUGAAACCCACUCACACACAUGUUGUCCAACACUCACACAAAGCUCACAAGGUGUUUGCACUAAUGUGAGGUGAUAGAGUGUGUAGGAGGGAAGAAACAUGUGUGUGUGUGUGUGUGUGUGUGUGUGUGUGUGUGUGUGUGUGUGUGUGUGUGUGUGUGUGUGUGUGUGUGUGUGUGUGUGUGCUGGUCAUUCGAAGCUGCCCGCCCAGUGCAGAGCUAAGAUAACACACAGAGAUGACUUCACUGUCAAAUCCCCCACAAAUCCCUCCCUCCAUGCGUGUGUGUGAGUGUGUGUGUGUGUUUCUGAGUUUGUGUGUAGGUACAUGCCGUCCAUGUCCUGCUUCAUUCACAUAACAUCAUCCUCUCUGCUGACUCUUUCUCAUUUCCUCUUUAAUCCCACCUUCUUCUUCAUAUCUCUUGUCCUGUAGCUUCUCCAUCUAACUUUGUCUCAGUUCUUUCUCUCCUUUUUAGGGAGGAUUUUCAUCUUCAAUUUGCAUGUUUCUCUAAAAUAAACAAGGCAAUAUAAACACAACAGAAAAGGGAAACGUAUUUGAUGUAAAAGGAAAUGACUGUAGUUGGGAUUUAUCCAGUAAAGCCUUGCACAUUUUCCCUUAGUUAGAGAGAUACAUAUUUAACGUGGCAGCUGAGAGAAAUGAGGUCAAGUUCUGACAAAUUUAGUCCAUUUUCACAAGCUCCAACUGCACAUAGGCACUUGUCAUCCAGCAUUCAAAUUCUCUGUGGAGUGAAAUAGUUUGAGUUUAUUAAAAUAUCACUGACUAUUCAAAAGGUUGAUAAAAAACUUUAAAUGCCAUAACAAACACGAUUUACUUUCCCCAGAACUGUUAAUUAUAUUUCAAACAAGAACAUGUCAGUCCUUGUCAGUCCAUUCUGUCAGUGACACAGAACUUUCAGUCCCACCAAUACCAUUUACCAUCCCUGUAACCAAAUAUAUGCACCACAUUUGGCAGCCCUGUCUGUGUUGGUACUGAUUCAUCCAGAUCAUGGUGAUCCAAUGCUUAUUCCAAAGAGGUAACUGAACUCCAACCAAGUCCAGUUACCUCUUUGGCCCAUUUACUGUCCCUGAGACCAUAUACCUAUAAGCACUUCCUAGUACAACAACCACAAUUUAGUCUUUUGAAAGAGUUUCGGUCAACACUACUGCUCACAAAGAUAAGCGCCAUUUGGUAUCCUAUAAAACACAACUGUCACACCAUUAACACCCCAACCAAUACAACACUGUUUAUUAAGGUUUGAUUACUUGGGUGUUAAUUCAAUAACUGAGUAGCAGGUCAUAAAAGAAGUCACAGUAAUGAACUAACAGGCUAACAGGUAAAUGGGCCUGUGCAGUAAAGCAUACUGUGGUUCUGAGCCAUCUUGGAUCUCUGCAGGGGGAAUUCCUUCUCUGCAACAGCCCUACUCAGAGCAAUUCACAUGCUGUACCCAAGUAAUAGGGUUUACUGAUCUAACACCAAAAUUCUGCCAAGAAUAUUACCAAAGCUGACUUGAAUUUACAAGUCCCAUAAAUACGCAGUGACACAUCCCAUUCCCCAUUUUAUGUACUCGAAAAUAUUUCUAUAAAUUCCCAAUUUCCCCAACCCAUUUACCAAGCAUACCACCAUUUGGUAUCCCUACAUGUCAUUUUUAAAUCUCUCCCUCCAUGUCUGUCGUUCCUCAUCUCUCUCUCUCUCUCUCUGUCUAUCUGGUUCGUCUAUCUCCUUUCUUCUGUCUCUCUGACACCCCAAUGGAUGUUAUUUAUUACCCAGUAGCCCCAGCUUUGGUCAGCCAUGCCAAGGCUGGUCGGCUGUGUCCUCAGGCAAACUCAUUCUCUCUCUUUUCAUUACCCUAUCUCCCUCGCUCCCAGUCGAAGCCAGUGGCUCUCUACCUCUCUCUCACACUUUUAUGGUGCUGUCUGGCACUUUUUCUGUCUCAUUUCUUCCCCUGCCUGUCUUCCCUUCUGUCUGUUGUGUUUUUGGUGUGUUUUUCCCCUCCUGUCACCCUCCAUCCUCUGUUUGUUUUUUCCUGUGUUCGCUUUGCUGUUUACACACACACACACACGUACACACACUGCUGUCACCAGAGGCAGAGGACUCUCUCUAGACACCUCUCUGUCUGGUGACAUCCAGAUGACAUUGGACUGUGUGUCUGAAUUUGUGCUUGUGCAUUGUUUUCCUCUCUUUUCUCUAUGUCUUAAUAUCUAUGUGUUAAUUAAUUAAAUAGACAGACAGACAGAUAGAUAGAUAGAUAGAUAGAUAGAUAGAUAGAUAGAUAGAUAGAUAGAUAGAUAGAUAGAUAGAUAGAUAGAUAGAUAGAUAGAUAGAUAGAUAGAUAGAUAGAUAGAUAGAUAGAUAGAUAGGUUUCAUUCAGUUUUCCUAGCAGCAGGAUAUUUUCCAAUCAAAGAGCAGGGAUGGGGUGAUGGAGAAAUGAAAGAAUGGAGGCGGUAGUGGAAUGAGGUUGAGGUGGGGGAGGGGGGGAUUGAGAUGAAGAGAAAGAGAUAGGGGCAAUGGUGGAAGUGAAUGCGUAGGUGUAGAUGGGGGGGGGGGAGCGAUGAAUAGAGUGAUGAGGAGAAAAGAGGAAUAGAGAGGGACUUAAGAGGGAAUUAAAGAUGAAACCAUGUUGGCGUGUUUGUCAACUUUGCCCUGAAGCUCAGUAUGUGUAUGUCUGUGUGUGUGUGUGCGUGUGUGUGUGGACGCGUGCGUGUGUGUGUGUGUGCAAUUACAGGCACUUACAGCUGUGGAGCCUAAUUAGCCUUCGACAGCACACUCAUUAGUCUGGUUCAUACUGCAAGGCCAGUGAAGGAGAUUUGUCGUCUACUGCAGGGCCAAAGUGCGAUGGUCUGUCCUCAACUGGUGGAUCAAAGAGGAUAGUCUAGUUUCUAAAGCAGGGCCUAAACUAGCUGGAAUAGUUUUGUGCUUCAUACAGAUGUGCAAAACAGUGAAGCAAUUUAGAAAAUGAUGAUAUAAGACUAAAAACUGUACUGUGUAGAUGUUAUUUUUUCAGGGCAUGCAGCACAAGACUUUUCCUGUUGAUUAGAUCUUUAUUUUAUAACCAUGCUUCGUGUAAAACCCUUAGACUGCAUAAAACUCUAAAGAAGCUCUCUGAAGCCCCGUAAUUGUGGCUGCCAUGUUGGAAAGCCGAUUUAAAGGGAUAUUCCGGUGUAAAAUGAAGUUAGGGUCAAACACACUGUAACCCUGUUGAGAGAUGAAUGUUGCAGACCACUUGCUUCUCUGGUUAUACCAACUUUAGUAACAAAUGCAGAUAGCAAUACAGAGAGCUAUGCUCACAACCAAAAAGCAAUUCUAUAGCCACAAAUAAUGCUCAGAACAGCACCUACCUUCAUCAACAGUACAUAUAUGGUCCCAGCCACAGCACUAGCCACCAAACAUCUUUUUAGCUUUGCCUAAUUUCUUCAGCAAAGAGACUAAAGAAGAGACUAAAGAGGCUAAGAAAUGAACAAGAAGCUGAAUACAGAGAUCUGAUAAGAGCCUUCAGUGACUGGAGUCACAAAAACUGCCUCCUCCUCAACACCUCAAAGACAAAGGAGAUGGUCAUAGACUUCCGUAGAGCCAAACCCCCUCUUCAGCCAGUGAGUAGACAUCAAAGUGGUGACAUUAUAUAAAUACCUAGGUGUACGUCUGGAUAAUAAGUUGGAUUGGUCUAAGAAUAUAGACUUCAUCAACAAAAAGGGGCAGAGCCGCCUCUUUUGCCUGAGAAGACUAAUCAAUAGACAUCUGUAGUAAGAUGCUGCAGAUGUUUUAGCAGUCUGUGGUGUAGAUCUACAGUGUUCUGUUCUACGCUGCAGUCUGCUGGGGAGGAAGCAUCAAACACAAAGAUGUAAGACGUCUUAUCAAACUGGUGAAAAAGGCUGGCUCAGUGGUUGGACUCAAGCUGGACUCAGUGGUGGAUGUGGUGGAGAGAUCUACACUGAGGAAGGUGGAGACUGUUCUCAAGAACAUGGGUUACCCACUACACAACACCUAGAUAGACCAAAGGGCAAAUGGUGGUGGACGGCUCCUCUCUCUUCGCUGCAGGACAGAAAGAUUUAGAAGAUCUUUUGUACCAACAGCCAUCAGGCUUUAUAACUCUUAUGUAAAUAAUAAAUAACUUUUAUAGACAUAUUAUGUGAGACAACAGACAAUUGAAUUUCCCUUCGGGGAUCAAUAAAGUUCUUCUUAUUCUUCUUAUUCUUAUUCUUAUUCUUAAACACAACUCACCCACUCGCUUCCAGCAGCCGCUUGCUUGUGCAGAGACCUCCAGGCGAAUCCAUCGACUGCAGCAGGGUGACACAGCUCAAGGAAGAACAUUUAUGAUAAUUUCUUUAUCAUUUCCUUGAAGUCAUGAUCAUCAUAUUAAUCAUUUUGCACUGCAGACAUGGUAGUUCUUCUGCCUUAGCGCCUCAGUCUGACUGCAUUUUCAUGAGGAAAUGGUCAUAAAUGUUCUUCCUUGAGCUGCGUCCCCCGCCACUGCAGUCGAUGGACAAGCGGCUGCUGGAAGAGAGACAGUGAGUUGUGUUUAGUCUCUUUGCUGAAGAAACAAGGUGAAGCUAAAAAGAUGUUUGGUGGCUAGUGCUAUGGCUGGGACCAAAUAUGUACUGUUGAUGAAGUUAGGUGCUGUUCUGAGUAUUAUUUGUGGCGAUAGAGUGGCUUUUGGUUGAGCGCGUGGCUCUCUGUAUUGCUAUCUGCGAUCGUUACUAAAGUUAGUAUAACUAGAGAAGCAAGUGAUCUACAACAUUCAUCUCUUAAGGGGUUGUCUAACUCUGUGUUACCGUGUGUUUGACCCUAACUUAAUUUUACACCAGAAUAUCCAUUUAACCUAACUUUUGGUUGUCCAAGAAGAUCCAGUCAAAGAGGUGGAGCUGAGGCUGGCUGAAGUCUGAUUUAUACUUCUACACCCUCCGUAUAUAUCUGAAUAUGUUCCUCCUAUAAAAUUAAAGUAUGUGUGCAAAUGCAGACAGCAAGCUCUGUGAUUGGGUAGCAUUGUAUUUCCUGCAUUGACAACAUUUCUGGAGUCGCUUUACAUUUGUCACGUACUUCAUCUUCAGACGUCUCUUCUCUUUUUUCUGUGCAAUAAUCACAGUUCAAUCAACUAAGACUGACCAGACUUGCUCAGACUCAGUGGCCAAAGUUACAAGAUCAGGUUUUAAUUGUGCUGUGAUUGUGAAGGGUGACAUAGGCCCUGGUUAAACAUUUGAUGCUGUUUGACUUAUGGAUCGCAUCCUGCAGACACCUCUGCAGACUGACCAGUCGCCAUGAUGGCUUUGUGCACAGUGACAUGAAGGGAAACUUACACCAUCGUAAAUGAAUCCACUUUUAAUUCUAGGAGACAAACUGCUCUGAGGCAGGGUUCGGUGACUUUAUGCAAACUCUGUUCUAUUUGUUAUGGUCCUUUUACAGUGAAAUGCUAACACUGAUUUCUAAUUGACUGUUCUGAUCGCUUUAUUGUAAUGCUGAAAGAAGCGUUUUGCAACUGUGUGGAUGGUCAAGUCCCCCUGUAGUCUAGAACUAUCCCCUAUAUCCACUUAAAACUGAAGCCCCUUCUGUGUUAUGUGUGAGGAGGACUUUAUCUGGGCAGCCUCAGACAGACAGUAGGAGUGUAUAUUCUGUGUUGGAGUGUGAGAGUGUCGGUCUGUCUGGUGUGGAAGCCUCAUUAGGUGAGCAUAUGGACUGAUCUGCAGACGGUCCAGCGGUGAUGUGGAGCAGAACGGGUCUGACUCAGCACUCCUGCUGCUGAAUUACAGCUGCAGGUUUUUCUCUUCUGGACUUUUUAAUACAGCAGAGUCACUAAAACUCGCCGACUUGCCUCCACAUAUCUGAGAUGCUUUUAUUUCCCGGGUGAAGAUUUUAUGAUGUUUUUAAUUGGUAAAAACUGAACAGCUUUAAUUUAAUUUCUGACCUUUCCUCCAGACAGAGAGCGAGCGUCCUCUGAGUGAGAAACUACCUGUUACUGCGGGUCAGUGAGCAGCUCUGAUGAGGGCGGCGGCAGAUUGCUCAAAGGCACAUCGAACAGAAGAGAGGAGAGCAGAGGAAGCAGGAGGGGGAGGAGAAAAGGAGGCUGCUGGCUGUCAGGUUGAAUCAUCCUCUUAAUCACUUCAGACGGAGAGACGCUCUGAGUGACACAUCUCUGUCUGGCCUUCUCCCUCACUCUUCCUCUCAGUGUCCCUCGCUCAGUUCUGAUUUCAAUUAAUGAGCUUCAGCAAUGAAGAUGGAGCUGCCAAGUCUGUUUCCAGGACCACAUCCAGUCAUAACUGGCUGUUUUAAAAUCACACUCUUAAUAUGAAUGAAAAAGUGCCACAUUUGCAAGUCAACAAGUCCGACCUCUUCCUCAUAACAACCUGAUUUAGAGAGCAGAGCAGAUGUUCCAGUUAGUCUGGCAAAACCCUUUGUCUCUCUAGUCCCUUUCACACACUACACUGCUGAAAAUUUCCACAUGUUAUACAGGUGGGCUGCACCAAAGACAGACAAUGACCAAUAACCCACCCUGUUUUGUUUUUUUCUGACAGCCCCUGAGCAAAACACCCAUGUAGAGCUGACUGAUAGUUUCUGAUUGUGCAUGUGCAAAUACAUGCACAAUCAGAAUGUGUUUUUUUCUGCUUUGACCUCUUAACUGCAGAGCCAGCUUACAAGCACAGGGUGAGAAGGUUAUUAUUGACAGAAGCCUGUCCACCUCUUCAACAAUAGGUCCCCGUUCACGUUCAUUAGGAUCAGUGUGUCCCCUGGUUGACGUGUCAAAACAAUCACCAAAACCCGCUAGCAAGAGGCUACAGAGAUGUACAUCAAAGAAUAAAAACAGAUUUUUUACAGAUCUAUAUGAUGGGAAAGUUGCUCUUUUUUUUACAUUCUUUCUUCAUUUGUCGAGAUUUGUUUGUUUAGUACUUGUAGCAUUCAACCCCCAGCUCAAUGCCUGGGAUGUGAACUCUGGAGCGUGCUCAGAAUGCCUCGACCAAACUUAGUCUGAUUAAGCCUUAUACUUCCCGUACUGUGAGAUGCAUGUGUAAAAGCCAAGUGUCUGAAAUUAAUCAAUAAAUGUUGAGAGUUCAUGCAAGAAUGGAGCUUCUAUUACCUGAAAACUAACUUUAUUUUCAUUUUAGGCUCAUUCCUCCCUUGGCAGUCUCACUUUCACCCCCAUUACGACACCCUUGACUGAAGCAGUCACAAAACUUUGUUUUCACCACUGAGAGCCCUAAGGACCAGUGUUUGAACAAACCUAAAUCCCACCAACCACUUCCAGUUCAUCAGGUGUUGAGAUGUUGAGAUACCAGCAAACUUGUAGUUUUAUCAACUUAAAUAAAGGGAAACAUCAACUUAAAUGUAGAGUGAUGACAGCAGCUGAAGAAAGCCGCUGCUCUACGGUGACAGUCCUGUCCACUUCUGACUGUUCCCUCAAUCCAAAGACAUCCAAGAUAACAGCCAGCUCUUGAGGAAACAAAGAUAUCAGUGUAAGUAUUUCUCUUUUUUUAUGUUUCAGCCCUGUAACUGCCUGGUGAUCUGUUAAAAGUCUAACCUUGCUUGUCCCCCAUUUCUUUAAGAUCAGCUCCAGCCCCCAAACCUUUAAGUGCCUAGUGUCGAAGAUACUGGCUGCAUGAUACACUUUGAUUUACCUGCAGGUUUAAAAUGCUAAAAAAUUUACUAUGAAGUGAUAUUGAUUUAUGCAAACAAAAAAAGGACAUCCUUAUUUUCUUUUUCUCUCAAGUCUGUGAAUAGAGCGAGAAGGAAGCUGCACAGUUACUGUAUAAAGAUAAGGCUGCACGCUGCACUGCAUUCAUAUUCUCAUAAAGGAACGUUAAAGAUGGCUGUAAACUCAGUCUGAUCUCCAGACUUUAGACUCUCUGCUGGACUUCACUGUAAAACUGUCAGACCUGCAGAGGCUGUUGAAACCUUUUUAGACACAAACUCAUGAUGAUAGGAAGAAUUUAGGUCCUGGCUUUGUCCUAAUUGAUACCUUUCACACAUGCAGAGCACAUCAGGACACUAUGACUCCUGAGUUCUCAGGAAAUACUCUAUGCCGUACUCUUGAACCUGAGCACUGAACCAGCUUAUAGAAGAAAAUCUAUUAGCUGACUCCAGAGGAAAAGAAGAGAGGACAUUCAUAGAAAUGUAGUGAAGUUAAAAGUACAGUGAGCAAAAAUAUAAACAUAACACUUUUGUUUUUGCUCCCAUUUGUCAUGAGCUAAACUCAAAGAUCUAAGACUUUUUCUAUGGACACAAAAGACCUAUUUCUCUCAAAUAUUGUUGAAAAAUGUGUCUAAAUCUGUGUUUGUGAACACUUGUCUUUUGCUGAGAUAAUCCAUCCACCUCACAGGUGUGGCAUAUUAAGAUGCUGAUUAGACAGCAUGAUUAUAGUACAGGUGUGCCUUAGACUGGCCACAGUAAAAGGUCACUAGUUUUAUCACACAGCACAAUGCCACAGAUCUCACAAGUUUUGAGGGAGCAUGUGAUUGGCAUGCUGAUUGCAGGAAUGUCCACCAGAGCUGUUGCCUGUGAAUUGAAUGUUGAUUUCUCUACCAUAAGCCAUCUCCAAAGGUGUCUCAGAGAAUUUGGCAGUACAACUGGCCUCACAACUGUAGACCACGUGUAACCACACCAGGCCAGGACCUUCACAUCAAGCAUGUUCGUCUCCAAGAUCGUCUGAGACCAGCCACCUGGACAGCUGCUGCAACAAUUGGUUUGCAUAAGCAAACAAUUUCUGCACAAACUGUCAGAAACUGUCUCAGGGAAGCUCAUCUGCAUGCUCGUCGUCCUCAUCAGGGUCUUGACCUGACUGCAGUUCAUCAUCAUUACCAACUUGAGUGGGCAAAAGCUCACAUUUGAUGGCUUCUGGCACUUCGGAGAGGUGUUCUCUUCACGGAUGAAUCUCGGUUUUCACUUUACAGGGCAGAUGGCAGGCAGCGUGUUUGGCGUUGUGUGGUUGAGAAGUUUGCUGAUGUCAAUGUUGUGAAUUGAGCGGUCCAUGGUGGCAGUGGAGUUAUGGUAUGGGCAGCCAUAUGUUAUGGACAGCGAACACAGUUGCGUUUUAUUGAUGGCAUUUUUAAUGCACAGAGAUACCGUGACGAGAUCCUGGCAUUUCACUGUGGCCAGUCUAGGGCACACCUGUGCAAUAAUCACGCUGUCUAAUCAGCAUCUUGAUAUGCCACACCUGUGAGGUGGAUGGAUUAUCUCAGCAGAGGAGAAGUGUUCACUAACACAGAUUUAGACAAAUUUGUCUACAAUAUUUGAGAGAAAUAGGUCUUUUUUUGUACAUAGAAAAAGUCUUCGAUCUUUGAGUUCAGCUCAUGAAAAAUGGGAGCAAGAACAAAGUGUUGUGUUUAUAUUUUUGUUCAGUGUAUAUCUGACUCUUAAAUGCAGUGGGGUACAAGUUAUCAGUUCCCCCUGAAAGAGAAAAUACUUAGAUUAUAUACAGGUACUUUGCCACUGUUCACUUCUCUUUGUUGGUUGAAAAGCACACUCUGCUCCACAAAGUGCUUCACAUCACCAACUUCACAAUGAACUCUGUCUCUCAGGAAAGUCUGCAGGACAAGGACUUGGGGAAAGUGCAUCAUUAGGUGUUGCAGGAUGAACUCCAGAGUCCUGCGCACCUCCGAUUUUGUGAGAGCAGGAGUGCAGAUAGUGAGAAGUGUGUGCCUAAUGAGGGGGACUCUUCUGCUGUGGAGACUGUUAUCCUGUUGAUAUUGAUACAACAAACGUGGACAUGAAUGCCAUUCAAUUUAAAUAUCUGAAUGCAGUUUAUGGAGAGUGCAAGCUCGACACCCUGCAACUUUAAAGAUGCCAAUAACAUGCCUACCUGCUCGCUGCAAACAUGAUUAUUUGCUCUUUUUACACACCAGCUCAGUUAGACUGAACUGACAUCAAACUUGGAGCUUUCAGGUUAACAUCUGUUCAAGGAUGAUUUCGCUAAUUUCGAUAUUUCAGUCUUCAAAGCAGGGUGACGUUCCGACAUGUUCAGGUGUAACACAUGUGUAAAAGGAGCUCAAAGAAACAAAAGCAGUUACUAAUGCCUGUCUGGGAUGACUCUUUGUAAGCCAGACUGAUAUUACUUGAAAGAUGCAUCAGCAGUAUAUACAGUAUAUGAGUGGGAUUCUGGUAAUUUGUUCUGCAUGCAUGGUUGAAGCGGGCAUCUAAAACACCAGGGUUAAGGCUGUGAAUGCAGGACUGUAACUCUAGUCUCGUGCAUGAAGGAAAGAUGUCAACAGUUGCAUAACAGACAUCCAGUCUUGGUUGUGGAUGCUGGUUUUGACUGUAAAAUGCUGUGGCUCACAAUCCAUCUCUGUGGACACAACUCCUCGGGAUUGUGUACAGAGUAAAAUAUGACAUCAUCUUGGCUGAAGACAAAGUGUCUGCAGGAGAGCAGACUGCAUGAAGAUGCUCAGCUGCUGAGAGGCUUUCAGUGGAUGUCUGUAGCGUGACGGGGACGUGACGAAGCUGCAGUGUGGAACUGGGACGCGGCGCAGAAACAUCCAGAGAACAUCCGGGGCUGCUGAGGGCGAAAGGGGGGCCAGAGCUGAGAGCAGAGGGACAUGUGCGAUUAUUCUUUAUUGAGCGAGCAGCUCAGUGUGGACAUCUCUGAGUCCGUCUGACUGUGUUCAGCUCACUCUGAAUGGGUAAGGUUUGAAAAAAAAGGGGGGCCUCUGCUCUACACCCUCCCCCUCCCCACCUCCUCUCUCCCUGCUCUCCCCCCUCUUGAUGCUUUGCCCCCAUUGUUCUCCUGCCUUCACACACGAAAACACACUGGUAAAAAACAAUGCCUGAAACGUGAAUGGAGCAGCCACCACAGGGAGAGUUGUAAGAUGUUGGCGCCCAGACUAAAGCCGACUCUCUCUCUUUCUCUCCCUCGCUCUUUCCCUCACCUUCUCUCUCUACCUCUCUCUUUACAUCUCGCGUGCAUCCUUCUCUAUGAAUCCCCCAUUUUUUAAAGCCUGCGCGCACAUCACGGUCUGCUCAGCGGCGCGCAGGCAAAUGAACCCUCGAGAAGAUAAUUUCUCUCUAAACCCUCUUAACUAGACGAUGAAAUUUAGGGAGGGGAUGAAGAGAGGAGGGGGGGUCUUUGCAAAGGGGCGGGGCUGGUGGUCUUUAUAGUUGCCAGGGGCAACCAUAGGGGAGUGAGGGACGUAGAAGGCGUCCUGUUUGAGCGUGCAUGUUGGCGGUGUGUGUGUGUGUGUGUGUGUGUGUGUGUGCGUGUGUGUGUGUGUGUGUGUGUGUGUGUGUGCGUGCGUGUGUGUAUGUGUGUGUGGGUGUGUGUGCAGCGCACGCGUUCAGGACCUGCCAACGUCCUGCUGCGCGACCCCUCGCGCCAAUUCUAUGUCACACAAUUGACCAAGAGUGAGAGAAGGAGAGAGAGACACACGCUGAGAAAGAGAGGGAGAGAGAGAGAGACAGACAUACAGAAAGAGAGAGAGAGAGAGAGAGAGACGCAGACGCGCAGUGAGUGAGCGACAGACAGUGAGAGAGAGACCUAGACAAAGGCGUGGAGAGAGACAUAGAGAGAGAGAGAGAGAGAGAGAGAGAGAGAGAGAGAGAGAGGAUGGCUGGUAGGAUUUAGCCCCGGCAGCGUCUUUUCCCGUCGAGCACAACAAGCUUAUUACCUUUCUCUCCACGCGCCUGGAAACGGAUUUACGCGCACGAAAGGAGGUUAGUUUAACUCAUUUAUUCACAUUUUCUCCCCUUCUAUCACCCCGCUGCUGUUUGCAUUCAAUUUUGCCUUUGAUUCAUAUUUUUCUUACCCUCUAAAUUGACCGUUUUAUUCGCUCCCGUCGGUAUGAGGCUACAGGUCGCGGGAAUGCGUUUAAUGGCGAUUAGUGGGCGGGUAAUUAGCCGUUAACGGUCAUAUUAACCUGGUAGUAGUAGUAAGAAGGAGAGGUGAUGGUGACUGGGGGGUACUUGUGUAAGAAGGUCCUUGUUUUUGUCGUGGUUAGAGGGGAGACUGAAUGAGUGGCGGCGGUGGCGGAGGGGGACAAUAAGCGGGGCUGUUGUUUGGCGACGCUGCUGCGCGCGCUGUUGCCCCCAAACCGUUGAUCCAGCCGCUCCAGGGAACGACAGGAGGGGAGAAGGAAAUGAAAAAUGAAGGAAAUAUGCAGCUGGAGGUUUAAUUGUUUUGUUCAAUCAGAGCAGAGCCCGGAUCAGUCACAGAGACUGGCUCAGGUCUGGUCGGAGUGUCUGCUCGGUGGGCUGCGGGAGGGUUUUUGUGCGCCGUUUGGAGCAACAGAGGCGGAUAAUCUCCGUUUUUUGUGCUCAUAUGUUCAUGUUGGAGGCUUUAGCUGUGAACUCACGUGGGGUCUUCUUUGUGCUCUUACAUCGAUGCUCUGUGACAUUUCUGUGAUAUUUCUACGCUGUAAAGGGGCGUUUGUUGCUGGGGGGGGGGGGGGGCAGACAUAGACGGUCAAAUGUUAACUCUCCUGCCUCUGUGCAUCUGACAAGUGUGUCUGUCAUCUGCUGUCCUGUGCGUAUGUCUGUGGAUAUGUGCGUGUGUUUGAAGCGCGCGCGGUCUGAAGAAUAAUACCACCAAAAAUCCCAAAGGCGCAUGGAGUUGUUUCUGCGCCUCGACAACAAUAACAACACGAGUGCAAUAAACCAGAGAAUAUUACACAAUGCGCGCGCAGAGAGACAGAAAAAAGGGGCGGGGGAGGGGGGCAAGGGGGUGCGAGGGUCCAUCAGCCAUUUUUUUCCGAUGAAGCGCGUGUAAAAAGCGCACACACGCACGCACAUGGCGACAGACAGGCUGAAAACAUUAUAAUCACAGCCGGGCGUCCAUGUGUGAAAUGUAAACGAGGUCAGCGAGGAAGAGGCUGGAAACACGGUUAUUUACAGCAGAAAUCACACAUUUUACAUCAUUAUCAUUAUUAUUGUGAUGAUAAUUUUUGUUGUUAUUAAUCUCAUGAAUGUGUUUUGCUUGGAGGAGGUUUGAUGAGUGCGCAUGCCAGCCUAUCUCCCCCCACAAUAGACAAGGGGGCUGCUUGUUGGGAAUUUGGCGCUUCACUUGUUUUGCUGAAAAAAGAAUUCAGUGUGAGCCCCUCGCUCUCUUUAUCUCUCUCUCUGUUGUUGUUGUUCAUGGAGAGCCCUCUAUGAACCCCUCUCUUGCUGCUCUUUUAAAGCUAUUGAUCCUCGUUUGUAUCCCUGUCGAUCGACUGAUUAAUUGAUCAUUUAACGCUCUUUGCGCGGCUCACUCAGUGUGUGUCGACACACUCAGCCGCCUAUUGUUUCCACUGUAAAUCUGAUUGUAAUAAACGCCUUAAAAUCGCUUCAUUAACCUAAAUUAAUCGCCUCACAAACAUUUUCAUAAUAAAUGGACGUUAUUAUAUUUUAUGUAACGCAGUUGGGGGGAUUUACAGUCCAGGGCCAGUCAACAGUCAAGUCUUGCAUCAUGUUUCUGUUGUUAUCCUUGUAUUUUAGCUAGAAAUAUCUCCAAAAACAACCUUUUUUAAAUGUUUGAAAUGUUUUCGCCUAAAUCGAUUUUUUCCGACUUUCUUCCUUUGUUUUCUUCGGUGCCAGUAAAGGAAGAUCAGAAAUAAAAACAAGUCGCCAUAUUAGAAGCUUUUUUUGCCCCCCAAAAUGGAGGGGGAGGAGGCUCAGAGGAGCUCAUUAGCAAUGCAAAUUAGUUUUUCUUCAACGGGGCUCGGGCACCUGCUGUCUCGAGCAUGCGCGCACCCGGCUGGCUGGCUGGCACCCCCCUUCCCACCCCCCGCUCUUCUGUCUCGGGAGCGCGCCUCCCUCCCUCUUCUUCAUUAGAAUCAUGUCCAUGGAGCGCGCACAAACGCGAUUGGAGCUCUGACGGAUAUAAACAAGAAGAAGAGCCCGAGCGCUCUCCUCUCCGUCUUUAAAAGCGUCUCUGUGUGUCUCGCGCUCUCUCUCGAGCAGGAGCAGCCGUUGGCAUAACAAAGAGGGAAGGGGAUGGAGAGAGGGAGAGGAGAGAUGACAGAAGAGGAAAAGGGACGGCGAGUUUAUGAAGACAAAAUUAAUGGAGAAAGAUAAAAUAGAAAGAAUGAAACUCAGGAAAGAGAGUGAGGAUGAGGACCACACAAUGUAAACAUUCACGGUCUUUUAUUCAUGGCUUUAAUAUGUAAAAAUGACAUAAAUCAUCAUUAAUUGCCCUCGUAAACAUCAGUCCUUAUUAAUAGUAGGAAACAUGGCUCUAGCUGUUAAAAAUACAGACAUUAAUAUUUAAAUGUCCAUGUUACACCAGAGAGUAGUAUAAAUGUAUGGUAUAAUGUCCAGGCUAUGUACUGCUAUUGGAUGCUAUACUUCGGUUCUGAUAAAGUUCUGGAGAGUAAGGUUGUGAAACGUACACAGAAAAGACUUCAGGACAACUAAAACAGAUCAUUUAAAACUGGCAAAAAAUGUCACGAAAAUUAAGGUGGAAAGUUGACUGAAAUUAUCUGUAUUUUUACACUCACCCUAAUUAGAAAUUCACAGAGAAAACCCACACUUUCCAGGGGUGUGUCCAGAGGUGUUCAUGGGUGGCAUGUGCCCCUCUAAAUCUGAUUUUCCACCCCACAUUCUGCAAUUUUGAUUGACUGUUUGGCCAAUAUUUAGAUUACAGGUAACUUUAUUUGCCUCUCAAAUGUCUAAGCAAAACUGUUCACCCCACCUCUUGUUAGUACCUGGCAAAAAAAGUGAUGCAUUAAUUUUGUGCAUGUAAAAUAAAGAUGCGUGUUACUGAGUUUGAAAAUAUUGGAUAUCUGCAACAAUCAAAUGUUGUGCAUCCCUUAGUUUGAGGUGUAACCUCUGAUAAGCAUCUUCAUUUUGACUAUGAUGAAUUCAGCAUUGUAGAUAUUAGUAAGUUACUCUCUUACAGUUAAAGAUGUAGACAGGGUUCUAAUAUCUGUUUAUGCCACCUGUGCAUGAGUCAGGGUCCCAGCCAGACCACCUCAAUCAAAUAGCCUGGACAUGCCCCUUCCUGUAUGUGCCUGAAAUAUGGAGUAGGAGCUUUCGACUUGUGUCAGUUUUGGUGCCCCCUAUGGACAAAACAGUCUGUGCUAAUCUUGUCCUCUAAAUGCUCUGGUAGUGGCUCAUCAUGGUUUUAUCAUUCGUCAUCUCUUGUGAAUAUUUGAUGCAUUAACAGUAAAAAGAGGACUAUUUCUUUAGUUGCUUGGCCGAUACUUUCCCUCACACAGAUUUUGGCCAUUAAAAGUUAUUCUUGUUUAUUUUCUGAUAUCAUAAAACCACAUCGAUAUGAACUUCAGUCGAUUUUACAGUCAAAAUAUUCCACAGGAGCUUUAAAUCACUGCAGAGAAAGACUCCAGAUUCAUUGAUCAAAACAACAUUUCUUCCUUGCUGAGCUCAGGAGUUGCUGGUUUACCUCUGAUUCAGUUUGUUAGUUCAAAUUUCUUAGAAAAAACUAAAACUAUAGCUGCAGUUUGGCCUUUUUUUUUUUUUUUUUUUUGCACAGGAACAGUGUUUUAAGUGGCCUUCAAAAACGGUUGCCAAAGUGGGCUCUUAGAAAAUGUCACCACUUUAGUUGCUGUGUAUACACAGCAAUGAAAGUGGUGACAGAGUAUACUCUGGUAAUAGGCAGAUCCUGUGGAAACCGUUGCCGUUAUGCACAGGUGCAUGUUGAUCUUCGUCUGUGUUUCACUGCAGAGUUGUACCCCCUUUCUUGCUUGGCAUGCACACACCAGCAUUUUCAGCUGUUUCAGCAGAUCCAUGUGCACAGGGAUCAUGUUUGCAUUGGCAAACUCAUAGUGAGCAGCACUAUUCUGGUCUAAACAAAGCCUUAUUAUAUGUUCAAUGAAAUUGGGUCAGAUCUGAAACACCAGAGCUGCUCCAUCAAGGCAGAGGCAGACCAGCAACCCCUGCUCAGUUAAAUUACUGCUUUUGUCAAUGGGGUUUGGUUUCUUUGAAGGGAAUGAUGAAAUAGCUGUUCAGGGAUCAAAACAAACCCUAACCUCAACACAACCUCUGGCCCUGAUCCGUUAAGCCCAUAAAACAAUAAAACAUGAAAUAUGCUGUUUGUCUGGCUCAAUAAAGGAGCUUUAUGGUCAUUUUGCUGCUAUGUCACAUGAGUUAAACAGCCGGCAUAAAAAAUUCAAAAUCCUAAACAAUGAGGGAGUACAGGGUUGUUGAGAGCAGGACAGCAGAGAAGUUAGGAUGCAAAAGGGCAGAGAUGAAUGAGGAGAGACAAAUCAAGAGUGUUCGAAACAGAACAAAAACAAUGGAUGAACAAAGGACAAAGGAUAGAUGUUUGAUUUAAAAGAAAAAGAAAGAAGAAAUGAUCUGAGACUGAGGAUGGAGGGAUGACAAGACAAUUAAGGAAAGAUCUUAAAGAAAGAGAAAAGAAGAGAGAAGAAACAUAGAGGAAAGGUAGAAGAAAGCACAGGAGACUCAUUUACAAAAGAUUCAACUGAGGUUAAAUGUCAGGAAAAUAAAGCAGAAGAUGAAAAUUAGGUUGAAAUGACAAAUUCAAGGAAAUAAGGAAGGAAGCUGACAAGAGGUCAAGGAGGACACAUUAAAAGGAGGAGAGGAAGGGUAUAGGAAACACAACUGGAAAAUUGGUUGAUGGGGUGAAAAAUAAAUCCAGAACAGUAACAAAUGAGGAGAAAGUGAGAGGAAGGCGUGCAAAGACUAAAAAGGAGAAAGAAAAUUGGGGUAAAGAUGGAGGAGGAGAAGAAGGAGGAGGAGACCUUCAGGUUUUUUGGCCAACAUGAUGCUGAAGGUGCAGAUGAGGAUGAAGAGGAGGAGUCUGUGGUUCAGUGUCUGCCUAGUGCUCGCCAUCUAACUGCAAAAAAUCAGACGGGCACACUGAGGGUGGAGGAUGGAAAAUGGUUGUACAGACAAUGAACAUGGCGUCUGCUGAGGCAACACAAGGAGGAAAUUGUUCAGUGAUGUGCGGCACAUCUCCCUUUCAUCACAUGCACAUCAUGAGGGGGUUUAAAUCAGUACAAUGCAUAAAACCGGUGUGCAGAAAGGAUUCACUGCAUCCUCAUGCAGGUUCAUUGAUAGGCCACUCUGCACAUGUGCAAAGGAAUGUAACAUUUUUCUUCUCGAAGCAAUUUUGAGCAUGAAGGACGACAUAUUAUGAGCUUUUCAGAUUAUUGUCAUUUUCAGAAAUUAAACAACUUAACUUCACGGUUUUAUGAAAGGAUUCAAAGCUUCACUCUGCUUGACCACAGUAUUUCAAUAUUUCACUCUAAAAGGACCAUUCCAGAGGUUUUUUUUUCAGCAGAAAUAGCUGCCAAUCUUGCAGUGUGAUCUGCUGGCUUGCAUGUUGACAUCCUUAACAACAGUCACAUUCAUUAAGCAUGCUCCCUGCUAAGUGCAGUGUUUCUCUCCAAAGGUUAAUGUUUAAUUUCAUAAAAGUGUAGGAACUGUUUUAUAGUGUGAGUAGAGCCAAUCUUUUUCAAACGGGAAAUAAAAUCCUGCAGAAAUGUAGCUUUUUUUAAACGCACGCUCUGAUACUGCAGAGCACACAUUCCCUAAACUGACUGAUAUCUAUCUUUGCAGGCUGUUGAUCUUGUCAGUUUAUUCAAAAUUCACUUUGACUUACAGAAAGCGUUGCACUGAGUUUCAUAGAUGCAGUUUUUCUCUCAGCUUUACCUCACAGUCGCAUGUUUAAUGAAGACAGAUGGUGAAAGUCUGUAAUCCAUCAUCACAGAACAGUAACAUCAGCCUGACAUGAUGUGUUCAGUGUGAUGGAUCACUCAGGUCCAGGUGAAUAAAGUCUCUGCAGGUAGUUUUUUUACACUGAGGCGUGAAAAUCACAAAAAAAAAACAAGACGCUUUAGCCCCACAAUGGAUCAUCUUCAUCAUGUGCACACAUAUUUUUACCAUUGUGCAAACAAGACCACUUGUGCACCUAUGCAGUUUUUCUUUUGUGGAAAAGUAUGGAAAUCACCUUUGCAGAACUCUCUGCAGAAUUCAGAAGUACCAUUGGUGGGAUUUUUUUAAAGUUACUGUAGAGUGAGGUCCAUUGAAUGAACAUUAAGGCCACAGUAUAUGAAGGAAAUGUUUUUCAGGAAGUGUCUGGGGCAGUUAUUAUCUAAUUUAAUUGUUUGCUCAAAUGAGGCAAUGCAUUUUUUAUUUAUUGUGUGGUGCAGCUACAUUAGGGCUGAAGAAAACAUCAACACACUUCAGUAUCCUUUUUGUCAUUAAUCAUUUCCCUAAAAUUUUGCAGUUAUGUAGUUUUUCUAAAUACAAAAAAAAAAGCUUUUUAACUUAUUUGUGCACACCAUGACUGCAUCACCAUGAUCAUCUUUCAAAAGUCCCUGUCUUCCAGCUUGACAGCAUGUUGCACAAAAUAGUCACUAGAGAUGGGAAUCACUUGUGGCCCCAUGAAACAAUAUUAUUACGAUACUUGGGCCACGAUACAAUAUUAUUGCGAUUUUUAACAUUUUGCAAUACAGUGAGUAUUUUGAUACGACUUACUGUGAUUUAUACCAUUUUUUUUUAACUGUUUAGCUAAAUUAUCAUUUGUCUAUUCUUUAUGUUUGUCAUAGAUUUCAUCAUACUGUUGGUCCAGAGAAAAUCUUUCCAAUUAGGAGAUUGUUCAUAAGAAUUAGACUAAGCCUUUAGUGUAAUGAAGCCAAACUGAUCCUGAAGGGUCUCAAAGCUGCAUUUUUCUAACGACCAGCAGGAGCUAACUCUGCUAGUUACUGAAAGGGUCUUGAGCGUGCAGAAACUUACAAGAAAAAAAGCCGAAUGUCACUCAAUAUUUCAACACAACUCUUUCUUCUCAGAAAUGAUAGUCUUUUUGGUCUCUUGGUUCAAGUCUGCUCUGAUACAGCAGGAUGCUCAUUUUGUUAAUUAUGGUCCCAUUUAGAGUCAAAGACACCAGGAAGCAGGGUGCUACCUGUGAUUGACAAGUUGCUGAAACUGUGACCUGCUUAGUCAAAUUUAAGGCCUCAAAAUACCUUAAAAAACUUCCACUAAUGCCCGUUUGUCUGCUUCUUUCACAUAGAAAUGCUGAACUGACGCUGUUGUCUGAGCCUGUCUCUUCAGUGUCUUCUGUAUCUCAGGAAACAUGCUUGAUUAGUGUUGUUCUCAUCUGCCGUUUUAAUGACCUACUUUUGUUGGUCAGUUUUUGUCGGCGCUCAUUCAUGAAGCAGAAAUUCCCCAAAUUCUCUCUGGCUUGAGAUUUCAACAUUUGAGGAUGUGCUGCAUUUACUUGUUUGUGCAUCACAGUCUGCUGGGUUUCUUUUGGGUUGCAUUGCAGGUCAGAAGAAACAAGUUGUUUCAGCAAAUGAUGAAUUAAAAAACAAUGGAUUUAGUGGGUGUUGCAGCUCCAGGGUGGAUUUUUGUGCAUUCUGGUGGUUUGGCUCAUAAUGCUGCAGUCCAUCCUUACUUUCACAAACACUGAUGUGUCUCCCAGCCUGAGAGCUUGAAAAGACAAUGCUGGAGCUCCACCAGUGGACAGGGUCAAAGUUUGGAUGCUGCACAGCAGAUAUGAGGAGAUUAUUUGACCAGAAAAUAUAAUAUGGAGAAAAAAACCCUCUGCUGGAAGACUUAGGAGAUAACAUCAAAUCGGUAUUAAGCUACACAGACAGAUAGCGUUGCCAUGGAUAAAAUAUUUAGCUGGCUUUCCAAAUCAGCCUCCCUCUCCUCUCUUCACUCUGCAUUUGUGUGUGUGUGUGUGUGUGUGUGUGUGUGUGUGUGUGUGUGUGUGUGUGUGUGUGUGUGUGUGUGUGUGUGUGUGUGUGUGUGUGUAUGCAUCUUCCCCCCAAAUCCUAACCGGCAUGCCUGUUCGCUGUGGAAAACAGGGUCAGGCCGGAGAAAAAAAGAGAAAGAGAGCGAGCACAUGAUGGGCAGAUAAAGGCUUGUCUGUGUCUGAGGGAGAAGAGAGCGAGGAGGAUGAGAGGAGGAGGAGGAGGAGGAGGGCAGCGCGAUGAAGGGGCCUCUGUUGAAGGAGGGACUCGCGGCUCUAUAGAAGACUCCCAGGGUGGACAGAAACAAGGCAUUUAGUCUGUGAGUCGGCCUCGCUAACGCCAUAAUAGGCUCUUAUAAUGAUGCCACUAUGGACAGGGAAGGAGGAGAGAAAGCGCAGAAUGUCCCUUUAAACUGCAGGCUGGUUGUGAGGAAUGUGGAUAUAGUGUGAUGAGGAGGAUGAACUGGUGGAUGAUGGGAGGAAGGAGAAGAAGAUUGGAUCUGGGUGAGGGUGAAGCAGAGUUAGUGGCUCAUAAAUAUGAAACUCAAACGUGUUUAAAUUGAUGAUGAUAUUGAAGAGUGGGAGUGGAUGUUGAAAAGACAUGUAAAGAAGAGCUGCAGGUUCAGGUCUGAUCAGUUUUGGGGGCUUGUAGGCUGGAUGAAAGGGGGAAAUCAGCUACGUACAUCUGCAGAUAAAGUAAAUUCACUGGAACAUAUAUUUAUUGCAGAGAGGAUUCUACUAAAACAUUGAUUUAUUUAUUUGCAAAGAAACACCCUGCCAAGCCUCUUUGUUUUGAUAAACUGAGGUCGUGCAUGCAGACGACUUUCAGGAAUAUUUUAUGCUUUCAUGACCUUAAGGUGAGCGCAUUUUUAGCUUUUUUGCAGAAAUUAGUUGGCUCUUAAAGUGACACGGACACAUGUUUAGGACUUCAGAGGAUUGUGACUGACUUUAGGCAUGACCCAUACAGGCAUGACGAUUAUAUUGGAUAUUAAAUGCUGAAAUUUAGGCAAAACUUGACAUUCUGAAAGCAGAAAACUUGUGUGAGGUUUUUAGUUUGAUUGUUGCAGCCCCAACUUGAAAUGCAUGAGACACAAUAUGUAAUCCAACCGCUUGAGAUGCAGUAUCAGCUUAGGUGGAGCAAAGAAGUGUUGUCAGACUACAAAGGAAAUACAGUUUGAUAUAUGAUUGAUUAGAUGAUGUUACAUCCAACCACCUUCAGAAGUCUGCCUCAGAAAAGCCUCAAUCAAAGUGUGACUGUGAGCUGUCACAGAGAGGAGGCAGAAGUCUUUAAAUGAGGAAUCAUACACAGUUAGAGAGUGAACCAAUUCUGAAAAGUAGAGCCGACACUGGUCUUCAGAACAACAUUUAGCUGAUGCUGAUACUUGUGUCUUUAGCAGUACUUUUUAGGAUUAUUUUUAGUCUGAUUUGCAAAUGAGUGGUGAGACUUGAGACAAGUUAAUAGUUUCUAGACUCUCCUCAUAGGUCCAUUUAAAUGUCUGUGGAUUAUGUUUGAAAAUUGCUGUCGUCCAUCUUUCUCAUCAACAUUUUCUUUCAUGUUUGUCCUGCAGAGAACUUUUGCUGCCCUUUAAGAAACUUUUCUGAAUCUGUGAUACGAUGUAAUAACUUUCUAGAUUUACAUUGAUGUGAUGAAGAUAAAGACAGGAUGCUGCAGGAGACAGAUGUUCUAUAAUGUCGGCAACUGACAUAGGUGCAUGACAUAUCAACUGUCCUGUCAACAAGGCCAAUAUUUGCAGAUACCGAUGUUCAACCAGUUGCAUCAGAUCAUCAGAUUUCCAAACAGCAUUUCCUGGAGGACACUUGUAGAGUAGCAUUUGGUUAAAUCCAUUUUGUGCGUGUGUGUGCAGUAUUUGGUAAAUGGAGUCACUUUUCGGUCAGUUUUGCCUCCAUUAGAUGGGUCAGUUGAAGAGAGUUUGAAAAUGCAGACAGCAGUGGAAGACCAGCAGCAGAUGGUUAUGGCCUGUAGUCCAACCAGUGCGACACGCUCUGUGCAUGGGGGUGCAUGCUUCAAGUGCAAAGUCAAAGCAGCCCCCUGUUUCUCUUAACGUGUAUGUAACACCAGGCGGUUAAAGUGCAUGUCCCACAUAGGAAGGCAAAAAACCUUGGUGCAGCAGUCGAAGGUCUGACUCCUGCCCAGACCUUUUCUGUCACUCUGCAGCUCUAUCAUCGAAAUAUCAGAGGUGGGAGUGGAAAGAUGAGUUAGGAGGGAAAAACAAUCAGGUCUGCGGUAUCUUGAUAAUGUUUUGGUUCAAAGAGUUACAGAUUUCAUUCAUUUCAUUUCAUAGAUUGAAAGUUCAAGUUUUAAGGCUUUGUCUCUAAGGAGGAAAAACCCUUAUAAUUUGAUUCAUUUUGGAUCAUGGUAGAUGUGUUUGGAGCAGAUUGUAUUGUUGCAGAAAGAGAGACAGAGCUGAGUUUGGAAGAUGGAUUUUUUGGAAAGAGAAGAUGGCGGAGGUUCAGUCUGUGAUGCUUCUCUGCCUCCAGUCACCCACAGUUUCAUUCAGACAGCCAGUUUUGAAUGUGCACGUCUUUUUGUUCUUGACUUGGAGGUUUUCCUGCAGAUUUAGAGAAUCAGAACUCAGUGGGAAGAUUUUCACUUUAUUUUUGGAGAGGAGAUAAAGUUUGAGCACCAAUAAGGAGGCGUCUUUCAAAUGAAAUUUGGCAUCUGCUGUCAUUAUUGUCAGAAAUGACCUGCUGUACACACUCUACUGAUUUGCAUGGUUUUUAUGAACUCCUAGAUGCUUAGAUUAGGUCAGGUGUUAAAGCUUUGAUUGAUAAAGAUUGGAUUUCGUAACUGUAACUACAUAGAGUUUUAGAGUUUUCUUUAUGGUUGGACUGCUGAAAAGAUGUCAUUAAUCUAAAGAAUACUGAAUUUGUCUUGUCAUUGUGAAACUAAAUUUGAGUUUGAUUUGCAGUAUUUUGCAGGACUGAUGAUAAAUCAAAGUUUUUCUCUGUUGAAAUGUUCAAAUAAACCCGUCAAAGGCCUGCAUGCACACAGCUCCAAUCCCAGUCCAACCUCUGUGACUGAACUGAAUCUCUGCUGUUUAGUUGUACAAUUAAAUCAAACAAAUUGCAAGACAUUGAGUUUAGGUUUGCCUUCUGUGUGACCUGUAACCACGAGAAUACAGUACAUCAAAUUUAUUAAAACUAUCAUCAACAAAUAAAUCCAUGAGGAGAAUAAUCCUGGACCUCGGAGCUGCAAAAUCAAAUCAGUUCUGCGGUUUGAAUCUUUCCUCUUCUGACAUGCUGACAGGUUAAAUACAUCAGUGUAAUAAGGCUUGUACAAACAUAAAAGGGAAACGCAAAUGAGUGGAAAUGCUGCACAAAACACCCAUCAAAUGAAGAGUGUUUCAGUCUCAGACCAAGCAACAGAGGUGAACAAACGUCUCCAGGCUCUCUGCAUCUCCAUGAUGAGGAAUAACAUUUAAUUAUCUCCGCAACCAUCAUUUUGUUCCCUGCAGCUACAGAACAGAUAGUCAUGGAGGGAAAAGCAUGAAACUUUAUUAAACUGUCUUCACUGCAGGAUCUUGGGAUAAACUCCUACUGCUCUGAGGGCCGCGGCUUUUAGAUUGUACGUUUGUUCUGCAGCUUUUCAUUGUAAAACUCAGAGGAAACCUGCGCCAACGUCUGCUUGAAGAAUAGCCUCUGUGUGUGUGGGUAUGAAGAAGUUUUACAGGUGUUUCAAGCUUGUUUUACUUUCACUUUCAGGUAUCCUUAACCAAAGGUGGUUAAAACACAAACUCUUCAAAAGCAAAAGGUGACUGGGUCCAAAGUUCAGUACCCAUCCUCAGUACUGCUUUUGUACUUCUAAUAAAUCACGGCAGCCUCUCUGUUCAUCAUGAAGAGGAAGAACAAAUGCAUUGAUCAUACCUGCUCAGGUGUGGCUCCUUGUCCAAGGUGCCAUCACACUCUGUGAAUAAAGCAAACACAAAUGAUGGCAUUACAGUGUUUGACAGAACUUCUUCUAUUUGUAAAAGCAGCUCAUAAAAAUGUUCCUGCGGCUCUGCAGGUGUAUCUUAGCCUUUCUUCAGUGCUGCUUUCCUUUGUUGUUAUAAAUCUUUAUUGAUGGAGUUUUUCUAUAUUUGUCUGGUGGAGACACACAGCUUUUACUGCUGGACGUUGUCCUUCACAUCACAGAUAAACAGUAAAAUCUAUCUCGUCCAACUCAGUGCAGGUAUGUUGCUAAAGGCCACAAAGCAGCAGGUGCUCAUUGGUGGCCUCUUGCUUUCUAUCUUAAGACUAUCCAAGAAUUGCAGUUGCAGGAUUGUAGUCCUGAAACAAUGGCUGCUGGUUGCACAAACUCAUAAUGUGCGGAGGAAUUGAAAUAUCUUCUAUUCAACUGACUUAAAGUUAGAAAACGUAAAUAAAGUAACACUGGUGUAGAAAAAUAUCAAUACACUGAAGUGUCCUCACUGUAUUUUUUAAACCAUCUUGAUUCAUUGUUGAAUAAAGUUUCAUAAGAUUUUUCUGUUUGUUACAAAAGUAUUGAAAUAAUAUAAAUGAUGAAAUGCAAAACAAUCAAGUUCUAGGGAACUAUGGAAGUAGCUCCAACAUUCAAGCAACACAAAAUGUUCGGCUGUCAUCAUGUGGGACGCUGCAGAGACUAAAGGUCCCUCUGUUGUGACUGCGUCAAAGAUCAGCCCUGUUCGCCUAUAUUUCUUGCACAUUGCUGCAUAUUUUCAAAGUAAAAGUCUGCAAAAACAUGAUUCACAUCGAUUGGUGAAAACCUUCGAUUGGGAAAGCUGUUGUUUCACCGGGAUGAGAUUAAAAUGACACAAGAUGUAUUUAGGCAAAGUCAAAAUGCUAAAGUUAAAAGAUCCUUUUCAUCCACACUCGGUUUCCAGUGUUUCAGCGUCAAAGUUAAUCCUGCUGAGUUUGUCUUUCAUGAUGUGCAGCAGGCUCUGUCUGUUUGCUUCUAUGUCAUCUCUAACAAAGCUUCUGCACUCACAGUAAUGAUGUUUCUUAACUGUCAGUUUAGGAAGAAAAUAUUCAUAUUUGGUGCUUUUGUUUGAAUAAGGUUUAAAGAUGUAUCUGCAGGAUGACGUCAAACCUGUUAACUGAGGCGACUCAGGAUCUAUUUGUAAGUGGGACUGCAGGUGAGACUGAGGGAGUCUGAGCACAAUCAUAUCUGUUUCCUCAUGCUCUGCAGACAUGUGGUUAACGUGUUGUGGUGCCCUGAGCUGCUGUGUGUGUUUGUGUGUGUUAGUGUUUAGCACAGAUCCUCCUUCACAUGUAAACCUGCGUGCAGUCUCUCCUGAUCCCUCUGAUGGAUUUAACAGGCUUAAAUCAAGUGUCAUGUAAUUUGAAACUUUAUUGCUGCAUACAGGAAAAUCCUCUUUUUUUCCAGACCACCCCAGCCAAAGAGGUCAGAGGUCAGGGGUGAAGGUCUCCUGCAGAGCUGCAGCAGGCCUGCAGGAUUAGUUUUUUUGUAGGAGGAGAGUCAGAGAUGGAGUUAGAGGUGUUUUUAGUGCAGGGGGCGGUUUGUGGGUGUUACAUCAUUCUGCAUCUCAGUCAGCAGGUUAAAGGAACAAUCUGGGGUUUUAAUCAAAAUACAAGAGACGCUUCACCAAAACACAGGAUUGGAUCUGUUGUCAGCUCACAGCAGAGCAGAUUUAACAAAUAAUUUCAUCUCAUUCAAAGUCAGAUUUUUCUCUCUACUGUGGGGUACUCUGAUUCUACUAAAGCUGUUACGCAGAGCAACUCUUACUGGCCUUAUUUGUACUGCCGAUCCAAGCCCCUCUUUAGUGUAAAUGUCACAAAGGGGAGAUGGUUGGACCUGUUUGUCCAAAACCUGGGUAAAGUCAGAGCAGGACUUAGCAAUGCUGUGUGUGUGUGUGUGUGUGUGUGUGUGUGUGUGUGUGUGUGUGUGUGUGUGUGUGUGUGUGUAUGUGAAGCUCCUGUACUGGAUUGCAGAUUCAGUGCAAAGGUACCAGACAUGGAGAGAACAGAAAAAUACUCGCUCUGAAUAAAAAAAAAAAUACUAUUACUUUUAUGAUAAAACUUCCAGUUUGUGAAUCUACUCAAGUAAGAGUGAAAAAGUUCUACAUUUAGAGUUACAGCUGGUUUAAAAUGCAAGAGAAAAAGACAAUCCAGUAAAAGAUGUGAUCACUCCUUAUUUAAAGCUUUUUUACCUGCCUUUAUCGCCUCACUUGUCUGAGUUGUUGCACCAGCAUGCUCCUGAUUCUCCAAGGAUCCAGGCUAAAUAAGCUGCUGUAGUGUCUGUUUUCACACUGUAAUGCAGUCCACUCUUAGAUAUAGAGCUAAACAGACUCUCUUUAAGGUUUCAAAUGAUUGCUCUGAUACCUGUGUGUCUUUUAUCGUGUUCUCAUUUGACUGGAAAUAUCAUUCAUUCUUUAAAGUCAUACUUGAGGUGAUGUGGACUCUGCGUCUAUCCAGGUGAAGUAACUGAGUAUUUUUGCAGCUUCUUUAGUCAGUUGUUGCCUUUGCAGAUGAUUCCUGCACCCUCAUCAAUUCUUGUAUUUUUCUCAGUCUAUAUUAGUUGGGAACAAAAUUACACCAUCAGUUUUGAUCAAAAUCAUGUCGCCCUUGUUACUUCUUGCCCCUGGAAAGUCCUCAGGAGUUGGUGGAGCUUUGCCCUGUCACUGUUGCAGACCUCUUGUAUAAAACAGGCUUCUGUUUAGGCUGGGAUCAGUUACUGAAGCGCCUCUUAGACUGAGUGGAGGGCUCAGAUUUCACUGCAUUUACUGUAAUUAAUCUGCAUGUUCAGAAUUAUCUCCACAGAAAAUAAUUGAUCAGUUAAUUGAUCGGUCAAUACAGAGGAUGUGAUCAAAUGUUUCUGGAUCUAUCAAAUCAAUUUAUCAUUUCCUGCAUGGUUUGCAUUCAAAUAUUGUGCUGCUGUAUUAUCUAUUUGCUCAUAUUGAGCUCAAUAUUUGGUGUGCAGUCUGCUGUGAAAUCUGAGUUUGCAGGGACGGAGUUGCACAUGGCUGCAGAUCUGUUUGAAGCUUUUCUUUAGCUCUGAUUUAAUGUCUGCUGUGGUAUUUUUCUUUGCACUUAGUUUCCAAACAUUAGACGGUUAGAGUCAUUUUUCUUACUGUACAGCUUGACUGUUACCUCAGUGUCAGGAUUUGUAUGAUGAGAUUCUUGGUGAUUCACGGGCAUGCUCUCCUGCAGAGUAGUACGUUCAUUAAAAACAUAAAUGUGUCUGUAGGCGACAGUGCAAACAGCAUAAUGUCAGAGGGAUUUUCUGCUUUCACUGCUUAUUUAAUGCAUAGAGUUAGAUCUUAAAGCAAACAAGCUGCUGCUCCAAAACUCUAGAUGAGAAACAUUAGAGGAGACUUUGUGUCAUUUCUUUGUAUAUGUUCAAAAACAUCUUUUACAGACAUGAAAAAGACAUUUAAAUUCAUCCAAAAGAAACAAAAAAGCAGCUUCUGUGCAAAUGAGUGUAAGGAAAUCCACAUCAGUGCAUCUGCUUUUGUUAAAAGGUCUAAAAAGCUCAUUACACGAAGGGCAAUGAGCCGGCCAGAGUUUGGGAAUCACUUUAGUAAAAACCUCUCAAAGAUCUUUUCUUUCUUUGGAGGUCAAACAGUUUUAUGAUGUACAGGCUUACAGGCCAAACACACAUUGAGGUUUUAAAGAGGUUUGAGCAAAAACUUCCCACAGAUCCCUCAUCAACUUAAACUUUAUUGUCCCAGAGGGAAUAUUUGUCCUGCAGCAUUAGGAGCUCUGUGGGAAAUGAUGAGUUAGAUGCAUCAUCUGAGAAAUUUAACGUCUUUUUAACAGCCUGGAAAAACAAAAAAACAUCAGUUUGUUCAUGCAAUUGAAGAAAAAGACUCAAUGUAGCAUCUUGCAUGUAGAGCAUGACUAUCUGUGCAGAAUUACAUGUUUUCUUAUUGGUGGUCUUUUCAAUCAAAACAGACAUUCAGUUGAAAUCCCUCCAGAAAUGCAAAGCUGCACCUCUUUCUCUCCUAGAGUGAUCCUGAACAAACCGUCUGCUGUGAACCAGCACUCUGCUGAGAACCCUGCUUCACAUUUUUCCACCAGAGUCACUGAAUUGAAAAUAAAUGGACCCUGACAGCGACGCACAUGAGUGCCUUUCCAGAUCAACCCCCUUCCACACCCCGACCCUGCCCCUGCUGCAAAACUACAACAGCAGGGUUAAUUAGGGACUUUAUUUUGAAAAUAUAGGUCUGCAUGUUAAUGAAAGCAGAAAGAGAAAUUCAAUUCGGCUGCAAAGAAGACGAGUAGCUUCAGGGUGGAUAGUUGAAAAAAAAGAAGUAUGAGUGUGGAUAAGGAAACAGAUCUCACACUGGGCCACGACAACAUCUGCAGAACCUGAAUAAAAACAAUUUAUUAAACCACAGACAGUGUGUCACCAAAAAUCUGAUACACUGAUUCAUCUCCAGAUUAAAUUUAGUGAAUCAAACAAUCAGGAAACAGAAAACAGAAGUAAAUAGGCGCUAUACUUCAUCCUCUUUAUGAAAUUAUCCAGAAAUCGAAGAUAAAGAAUGGACUAGUUUUCGAAUAAAGUUCAAACUAAGCCAAGGGCUCAAAAUGUUGAAACAAAAUAAUCUUAAUAAACUCAAAAGGAAAAUAAAAUUAAAAGUCUGGAAAAACGUCCAUUGAAAAAAAAAACAAUAAAAACAGGAGAGCAUGGAGCACAUUUUAUGAGGGUGUUAACUUUCUUCAGUUCAGUGAUUAUUUUAUGAAAGUCCUCUGAGUUUUAAAAACAGGGGGAAAAAAAAAGUAAACUUACGACAUAAUUAACAUCUAACUCAGCCCUAUGAGAGGGGUAACAUGAUCUUAAUGAGAUGACUUUUAACAAAUGUGAGCUGUUCCAGGUAAGAUUCAUCAUGUCUCCGAACACUUUCCAGACUUUGGUCUUCCGUAUUUAACUGCUAGCAUGGAGCCCACUUGCACUAAACAGAAGCUGUGACCCAUAAACAAUACCAAAGAUGGUUUCUGAACAUAAAGUUUUGCAUUUUAACUCAAGUUAAUCUGCUCUGUGUAGUUUUUCAUCUAAUAAAACUUAAAAAAGGAGGGAAGAGCGCUUUCACUCGGGACUAUGGAUCUAAAUUUGGCUCUGUAGUUAGUCUUUGCAGCAACAGGGCGGUGUUAAGGGGGAUUAAACUGCAGCGUUUCUCUUCAUAGUAUUAAACAAACAUGUCAUCAUGUGUAACAGGCCAGUUGUUGCUGUUUGUAUAGUGCAGCUUGGAGCUCUAAGGCGCAGAGGAAGAAGUAAUACUUGUUGUUUGGGUAUGAUACACUUUGUUGGUUUUGAGCUAGCAGGGGAUUUAGGACUAUCUCGAAACACAGAAUGUAAAUAGAGCCGAUCUUUAAGGAUCCGAAUGUAAAAUGCUGAGAUAUCAUGCACAUAAAAUACAAUGAGAACCAUAAAUGGAGUGUUUGUAACAGACAGACAGAAAAUAUUUCCCCAACUGAGUGAUGUGGCGUCCUGUGGGCUGAAUCCAGUUUAAAUUGGCUGCUCUCCUCAGUCUGGAUUAGACCUGGGCUUAAUACCUUUACACUAAAAGGCCUGUGUGUUCCCUCAGAAGGCAAUCUGCAGCAGGAACACACCAGGCUUUAAUCCACAGCUACAACAACAACAACAACAACCAUUUAUCUGCCUGAAGCUUGCCGCCACGCCAGGCCUGCUCAUCCUCGCUCCAUGUCAACAUUUUGCAGCUCACACGCCUUUCAUAUGAUGAAGGCAGUGAAGAAAACUAUGGGAGAUAUGACCAAAAAGUGAGUCGAAAGUGUGGCAUGGAUUAUGGAGCCAAUGGUCAACCAACAUUUGUACUGUGGAGCCAGGCUUUGGUUUCUAGCAGCCAUCUUUGUUUGGGUCAGAGAAUAAGCCUCAUGUAAACCAAUUUCUGUUGCAGCAGAAAAAGCAGGAAAAUGACUCAAAUUACUGGGAAAGAUUGUAUGAGCAAGAUUGAAAGUUUGUCAUUUAAUCAUAAUUUAAAUAAAAAAAAUCCCCAGAUGUAGUUUCUGCAGAGUGAAAAUUCGUCAUUUCUAGUUUUUCUUUUUUCUUUUUUUUUGUCUGAUGAUCGAACAAAACAUUAAUUUUUAUUUAACAGAAAUUGUUGUUAAUUUGAACUUGAAAAGCUUCAGGGUCCAUAAAGUUAUACUGCCACCAAGACACUGUGUGCAUAAUGCUGUAAAUACAUGCUGGAAGCAGAAGGAGGUCACAAUCUGGCUGAGGGAGAUUGUUGUUGGUGUGAUCCUGUUUGAACUGAUCUAAAAUGAAAACCAUAAUCCAUAGCAUAACUUACAUAACCUCAGGCUGCACAGAUUUCAGAGAUAUUACCCACCAAGAAAUGACAUUAGUAUGAUGAGAAACAGCAAAGUAAACACAGUUUUCUACUGCAGAUUAUACUGUGGAGAAAAAUUGACUGAGCUCAGUAACACAUGAACAACUCCAAAACUAGAAUAGUAAGACUAUUUCAGUCUAUUACAAUCUGUUUUAUGUGUAUUGAGUUGAAGUCAAUGAAAGAUGUCCAACAUUGUCAGGUUUUCAAUGAACAGUAACACUUAAAAACCUGCCUCAGUUAUUAUAGUUUGUUCAACUUUUAGUGAUUGUAAGGAGGGAUAUUAGAAAACCAAUACCUGCAUACCACUAAAGAGACUUGUGGAUUGUUUCUGAGGCUGUGUCAUAUCAUGUCAUGUUGUAUCUUAUUGGAUUGUACAUGCAGCACUGAUAUAAAUGUAUGAACUACCAUCAUACUAUUAAAAUUUGCUUUCCAACUCCUGAGCAGAUGAAGUAAAUGUUAAAAAGUAAAACCACUGCAAAAAUGCAAAAACUGCAGUUCCUCGUGUAUCCACUUGGGGCAUCUGCAUUAGAGCCCAUGUGUAAAAGUCCCAUUUGUGUCCUGUACAAAUGAAAUGAAUUAUUAUUAUUUUUAUUAUUUGUAGCAGAAACAAGAAUGUGCACAGCCUGGAACAGAUAUGAAUUUCAUAGCUACUUCAGUUUUGAGAAGUCAAGGCUGAGUCUCGUGUGUUUGUGUGCUUAAUAUGGGGCAUGGUGAAUUGAUGGAUAUGUGCACAUUGUAGCUGAUUUUGAGGAGUUUUAAGGUCCGCCUCAGCUUCACCUCUUUGCCUCUGUAGGGAACACAUGAAGAAGGAACUUUGCAAGAUACCAUGGUUUGUUGUCAGGAAACUUUCAGGAGUGCACACCUUAAAAAAAGGUUAUUACAGACGUCAGAGGUGUAAUUUUAGACAAAAUCAGCCUCUAUCUUCAUCAAUCACUUGUUUCUGGAUCAGUAAGAUGCCGUUGCUUUGUGCAGAGCAUCCAAUCAGGUGUCUGUUUGAUACAGAGCCUCUGUUUAACUUUGAUCUGAUUGGAUCACAGACAGUCAUGUGUACGGUGUCCAGCAGGGACAAAUUUUAAAGGAGGCGGAGAACAAAGAUGUAAUCAGGCAUUAUCAUUAAUCAAGGCAGUCAAAGUGAUAAGGCCUUUGUAUCUGUGAUUCAUCUCACCUUCACCUGCCGUUUGUUAGGAAAGUUAAAAGGACUCUGAUUGGACUAAACGUUUAAUGCAGGGUUUUAAAGCUGUCCAGUGUUUUUCAGCCUUUUGACUUUCUUUGUGCACGGAUGUGUAAAGGAAACCUGUUAAAGCAGCUACAAAAGAGCUGAAAUGUUGCUGCUGCUUUGACUCAGAGAGGCAGCAGUGCAGAGCAUAUUUCUCAGCUAUCAUUACACAUCCAGCUGCUGCAUGUCAGGUCCAAAAAUCCUCCAAAUGAAACUGUAGCAGAGGGAGAUCCUCGGCUGAUGUUAACUAUGUCAGCAGGAGGAGGAGGGAGGAUCCGUUUGUCUGUCCGAGGGCAGGAUUUUGUAAAAACUCAAACAAAUCUACCUGAUUCUGGCAGCUGGUUUGACCUGAUGCCACAGAAUAUUGAUUAGAUUUUUAUUGUUAUUUUUUCUGGGAUUUUUCUGUGUAGUAGUGAGAGAAAGGUGAGCUUUAUUUUUUAAGUCUUCAGUGAAGUUUGCAGAGAGAAUUAAUCCAACUGAUCCUAAAUAAAAAGGAAUAAGACCUUAAGGGUUUCUGUGGGACAGAAAGGUGGAUUUUAUUCAGCAGCAGGUCUGCCUCGCUGUUCUUAAUCGUGAUAUUAGUGCUGGAGUGGAGUUGCUCUUGGGCCAGUUCACCAAAUAUGAGCUGUGCCCGAGUCACUGUGGCCUGAAUCAGAGAGUGAUUCAAGUAUUUUUAAAUCAGCGCUUGUUUUAUGUAUUUUGAGGCCUAAGUGACUAAUGGGUUUAGAAAGCUUACAACUUGCUCCAGCAUUGGCUGUAACUAAUCCAUGGAGGCCAAAGUCCCAGAUCAAAGAUCGCCAGCUAAAAGUUCUUGUUUUCAUCACUAACAGGCUCAACUGAGUGUCUGACGACAUUCAGCGAGGAUCCCUACAGAGAUAGACCUCUUUGUAAGAGAAGUAGAUUCUGGGAAACAGGAAGAGUCUUAUUCACCAAAAUUCACUGAAACAAACAAACAUGAACUUUCUGAUCUCAUCCUGUCUGUUCAUCAGAUUUUGGUGUUGUCGUGGAUCUUUCAAGAGUUCUGUGAGACCUUAAGCUUAAAGACAAUAAAAAUAGCAGAAUGUUUCACCUAAGUCCUCCUGAAAGCUUAAAAACUCUCAAAUUCAUGACUUGGGCUUGAAUGAUGAUUCAGAACGAUGACUCUCAUUUAGGAGCAGGACAGAUUUUAAAAAUAAACAACAGCCUUUCUGCUCAUUCUGUCCCCGAGCUUUUCAGACACUCUCCCUGCUCUUUUCAUCCUCCCCUUCUUGCUCUCCUCUCUCCUCUCUCUUCCUGCUCCUCUCACUGCUCUCCUCUUUCCUCCUCCUGCUCCUCUCCCUGCUCUCUUCAUCCUCCUCUCUCUGCUCUCCCCUCUCCUCCUCCUCUCCCUGCUCUCCUCUCUCCUACUGCUCCUCUCUCUCCUUCCCUCUCUCUUCCUGCUCCUCUCUCUGCUCUCCUCUCCUUCUCCUCUCUUUACUGUUUUGAUCACCUGGUUGGUUUUUGUCACCUGCUCUAAAAAAACCCUCUGAGCCUGUUUGUGAUGAAAACAUUUCAUUUUGUGGAUCCUAAACUUUUCAUCAUUUGGACUCAGAGAUAUGUGGAAUCUUUUGAAGCACCUUAAUUACUCAUGUAUUGUUUGACCUGUUUUUUCUCAGACAGGUGUUUCUCGGCCUCUUUUUGCCUAACAGCCUGGCUGUGUGAAUGUAAAAGCCUGCAGUCCUCCUUCUGCCUGCCUCCCUGACUUUCCAGCAAGAACUCUGUCUUUUGUCUGCCUUUGUUGUAUCCACACAAUGAGCCGUACAAACAGAGAUAAUGGCUCACACUCACACAGUUUCUACUCUAACUCAUUCAUGCUCUUUUACGUGGUCGCAGAAUGAAAAAAAGAGAGAUUGAGAUUGAUUUUACAUUCCUGCACACUUGCCUGUUGUGGAUUGUUGUGGACCAUUUUUGGAUCGCCUCUUUGAGAAAGUCACAAACACUUACAGAUGCAGCUUUCCACAAUGCUGCUUUCAAAUGCUUUGAGAGUUUUGUACUACGUUGUUCUCAUCUAUUCAACAGAAAUAGAAACGUCUUCCUCCACAGCUGCAUCCUUCCUAAGUAGAUUUAGGGUUUCUGCCACCUUUUUUAGACUUCCCUAAACACCUGAAAUCCUAAAAUGCCCGCUUUGAACAUUUAUUGGAAAGGUCUUAGAAAGUUUAAGUGCCUGAGAGUGACACUUUUUCUACCAAAGUCAACAUUUCACUGCUGGAUUUCACCUUGUAUUUGACUGAGGCUCAGAAAACUGCUGCUUUACGAUGGGUUCAGACACCCCGAUCUUCCUGAAAUCUAAAAAUGAUGCAUCAGACACUUGUGAAAAGGCCUAGUGAGGCCUUUAAAAAUGGUCAUACAAAGAGAUGCCAUUGAAAUCAGGAUUCAGUCUCCAGAUAGAGAAGACUUUGAGCCCAGCCUGGCUGGAAAUGAAUUAAACCAGUGUCUUAAACCAAUAUGAAUAAUAUUUGGUAGAGAUUUUCCUCACUCCAUGAAUCAAAAUCAUGUCUGUUGCACCUUUUUUUCUUGAGUUUAAGCUUAUUAAGUAAAAGGCUCUCUUCAAAUCUUUAUUAGAGUCAUAUUGUGUCAUAUUCAGUGCCUUAUAAAGAUGAAAAGCAACAUCCUGAGAAAUGUUUAUCUUCUGAUCACAAGAUCUGCGUCGGUCUGCCUGGAUAAAAGCCUACUCACAUUUAUAAAGCAUAAAAACCUGCACCACCAUCUCUCAUCUCACUCCGGACACAGUUUCCGCUCCGCUUAGCCCCCGACUGAGAGGUCAGAGGUUCAAUUCCCACAGCAGCGGCUGUGUCCUGGAGCCUGAGUCUGAACGUGUACCAGCUCUUUAUCAGUGCAGCUCUCACUCGGCUCUGUGAAGUGUGAACGUUUUCCUGCAGGACUGAUUUCAUUUAAUGUGACUGAUGGGUUUGAUUAGAAAAAACUACACUCCCUCAGAGUUCAGGGCUCCAUAUUUCAUGACUACAUCUCCAUAUAUCACCUGAAAUGUCACCUUCAGUGCUAUUUUCAUACAUUAGGGUUUGUCAGCAUUAUGAUCGCAGCCUUAUAGAGAUGUUUUUUUUCUGUAAAUCAAAGGUCAUCCACUUCUCCUUUUAAAAUGCAGUUUAAGAGAAAUAAGAAUAUGUUUUUUUUUUCAGACACAAAGCUCAAUAAUCAUGAACGUGUUUUCUGUUCCAGUGGAUUAAAACGCUCUGUGUGUUUGUGCAUUUGAAGUCUAAACCCAGAGUCUUAAUCUGGUAAUAAGUGCACAUUUUUUUAACCUACUUUGAUUAUUAUUUUUGAGAGCUCUGUUGAAGCAUUGCAUGUCUCACCGUACCACACAGAUAGCCCGGCGACGGUCAGUUUGGACAGAUUUGAGUGAAACUGUCUUCUGUUUGUGAGCAGCACUUUUUCCCACACAUUUCGCUUACAGGCAGAACUUGAACACUGGCAGAGAUUCAGUUAAAUUCAAAACCUAAUUAACAGUAAACUGAUGUGCAGCCAAGCUGCUUUAUAAGCAAACAACAACCUUAUCAGAAAUGCAUGCAGAAGAACAAGGCCAGCAGAGGAGACCUCUGAGGAAGAGUCAGAGCAGAGGACAGCUCAAGUAUCUCAGUCAGCGUUCAUCUUUGGGUGAGAGGGCUUCAUGGCAGCUGCAGAUGUCUUCUUACUAAAGCAGGACAGAGUGACUAUCUUCUGCACUAAAUUGAUUUGCAGGGAAAUGCAAACAUCUGCACCAGUGUUUGCUUAAGAGCUCAUAAUGUUGACUCCAUUUGAGGCUUUUAUUGGUCAUUACAGAGAAAGCAGCUCUUUAUUUUUUAGACUUUGUUCUGAUUUCUGCAUUAUGCAUCAUGUUUUUUUCCCUCUGUUUGUUUCACUAAUUUGGACUCUUUUCUCUUGUUAAGAACUGCGCAUGCAACUCUCAUGAUUUAUGGUCAAAUAAGAGCCACAAUUCAGUAAAUAAGGAGAUGCUGCUCCAAAGCAGCAAGUAACUGAGUGCAUGACUCAGCCAUUUAAGCGGGUAACUUGUGUGAUUGUUGAGCAAAUUUAAGUCAGUAAAAUGUACCAGUUUGUAAAUGAUUAUUACAUAAAUUCAGAAAAACUUAAACCCUGACCUUGACAGAUCUGAAGAGUGUCUGAUUAUUGCUCGUCUCACCUUUACUCGACACUCAGAGCAGGAAGAGGACGCUGCAUUUACACAUUUACACAUUUACAUAUCAAGGCACUGAAAGGAAAGACAUCUGCACCACAGAGGGUUAAAGUGAGAACCAAAAGCAGUGUGUUUGUGUGUGAAUGCAGUCCCCCGAUGAUAGCAGGAAGGUGUGAAGAGAAGGGCUAUUAUCACAGUGUGAAGAGGGAAACUGCGAUUGGCCACUCGGCCGGCUCCCCAUUGACCUCCAUUAUAGCUGCAUUAACGGGAGAAUUAGAUUGUCAUCAUGGAGGGAAACACAUGCAGCUGGAAAUGCACCCGAGAGGGCUCACGUAAUGACAAGGCUCUCUGCAGAAGGAGCUGUUUGCUGCUGCUGCUGCAUUCUGAAACUUUCAACAACAAACAGAGUCAAUCUAAAGACAGGACACCAUCCAUGUAAUGAAGCAUAGUAUUCCAUUGUGAUGGAAAUAUUGGACCUGAUCCCCAGGAAAACACCUUACAGAAUAACACCUAUGUGUCUCUAGAUGCAGCCUGUCAUGAGUUUUAUUUAUGUUAAGUUUGUAAGUUUUCAGGAGAUGUUUUUGGAUGUGAAGCUACAACUGAAAUAAUAAUGAUGCUUGUAACUUGUAACCUAAAAGAGCAAACAAGACCAAAGAUUACUCCAGCAACUACCCGCAGACUCCUGCAGGUUUAGACAUAUAGCCAAAAUAUGUCAACGUGACCAUCCGGCAGGAAGAGGCAGGUAUGAGUCUGUUAGCAGGGUAAAACACUUUGCUGUGGCUUGUUUGUGAAACUUAAAAGCUAAAGGAUUAAUAAUCUGUGUUUCUGUGAUAGUGUGUGUCUCUGAGAAAGUAUUUGCAGAAUUGUAACAUACAUGUAGAUGGAAUCAGAAAAAUAUUCCCUGACUACAUUGUUUUUAUUUCUCGCCAAAGACGUCGCCAUCCUCUUUAGUGAUUAACUGAAAUCAGAAUAUAACCCGAACAAAGUCGAGGAGCUGAUAUUGCAAAACAACAAACCAGCAUGCAAACACCAACACUGGACUCUGUUGUAGUUUUUCUCUGUGUAACCACCAUGCAUGUGAGAUUAUACACUGCAAAAAUGAAACCCCUGGGAGUGUUUUUGUUUUAUUGGAUAACUUACUCGGCUUCAUUUACAUCAUUCACUUGACAAGGCCAAGAAAAUUCUGAUUUGAAGAUACCACACACCAAAAAUAAGAACUCAAACACCUGUGGCGAAUUAAAAAAAAAAACUGUCCAGUUUUUUCUUGAAAUAAGAAAAUGUCUGACUUUUGUCUUUUUCAGAUAUUCUCUAACCAUUACAAGAGAUUCAGGUCUGAUUUUCUGUGCAUCACAUCUUGAAAUAUCUCGGUUUUCUGAGACUUGUCUGGCGAAUGUGACUUCAAUUUGGCCUAAUAUGUUAUUCUUCGUGAUGAGACAUAAAACUUGCUAGGUUUGGAUUUUUGUAGCCUGUGUCUGCAGAACUAGAGGCUGCAGUUUCAGGACUGCAACCCUAGGACCCUUGUGUUGUUGGUGAGGGUUGGAGUUAGACACUAGAAAUGUAGUCUGUGGAAAUCCAAAGCACUCUGUGAUGUUGUUUCCAGCAAUAAAGUUCUUAGAAUUGCAGGUCCUGAAUGUGCAGCUUUCUGGUCUGCACACACAUGUGAUGUCAUCCAUGUGCACAACAUUGGUUUGAUACUUGUUUACAGGUUGACAUAGACUGUAUAUACUAUGGACAACUUGGUUCCGCCUAGUGCUGGACGAUAAUUCGAUAACAAUAUAUAUCGAUCGAUAGACGUGUGGUGCGAUAGAAAAAAAAACGGGUCGAUAAAAAGUUCGAUAGAAAAACACAGUUUCCCUUUCUUUUUCAUCAUAGCCUAUCAUGUAGCUUUUACUACAGUCAUUACUUCCUCCCAACCAAUCACAAACGCAGGCCCAGGUACGCUACGGCACCAAGCCCAGCCCCUAUCAAACCACAACAGACAGCACGUGUAUUAGAAAAAAUGUUACAGCAAGGAGAAGCGGAGGACAUUGUCCCGAAAAAAGGUUUCAGUAGUUCACCAGCAUGGCAAUGUUUUGGUUUCUAGAAGUCUGACAAAAAGCGAACAGCGGUCGUUUGCAAAAUUUGCAGAGAAUUAGUAAAAACGAAGUCUGGUAACACAAUCAACUUGUUUUACCAUCUAAACCGGUCGCACCCGCAGGAGUACGAGCUGUGUCGGCCGCGCCGUGGCUCCACGUCGUCGGAGGAGGAAUCCUCUGGAACCGCUGCCAGCACCAGCACAAAGCAAGUGAAGCAGACCAAACUGGACUUCGUUUCUUGCCAAAAAUACGACAAAGCGUCCAAACGGCAUAAGGACAUCACCCAUGCAGUAACAUGCUCCAUAGCGAGGGACAUACUGCCAAUAACUACCGUUGAAAAGCCUGGCUUCAAACAGCUUCUAGCCACUCUGGAAACCGCGAUAUGAAGUGCCCGGCCGCAAGUAUUUCUCAAACACAGCGCUUCAGGCAUGAAAAUGGGUCAGGGGUUGAAAAGGUGAGAAGGGUGCGGAGGAAAUACGUUCCGGUGUUGUGCUGUAGAAUGCACCCCUGCAUCCCGUCCACUCAUAAGCUUCUUAAAGUGGAAGAAAAUGAGCUCAUAUUUUACAAAGACGCGAGUAUUUGGAUCAUGGCUACUAGCAGGGGGUGCAUUCGGCAGGGGUGCAUUCUACGACACAACACCGGCGUGGAUAAGUCCUGCUUCUCGUGCUCAGUUUGCGUAUUAGGUCAAUCACAUGAUAAUUAAAAAAAAUAAAUCUCCCGACCCCGGGUGAAAUAUUUCAGUGUUCAGACACCAGGCUGUGGGCAGUUUCCCACACAGUUAAAACUGGUAGUAUGCUAUUCCCACCUAAAGCUAUUCUGUUUAUUUAUAUAUUUGUUUGUUUUGUUUAUUUUCAUCAAAAGACUAUUAAAAUAUUUAUCAGAUUUUCUGGUCACUUUAGUCUUUAUGUUUGUCAGUUAUGUAACACUUAAGUUGAUUUCUUUUUUUUCAAGUUAUUUUUUAAAAAACUUUCAGUUGUGGAAAAAAAAAAGGUGGUUGAACAAAGGUUUGAAUUUGAAUUCAGUGCUUGUGUGUUCUUUAUUAAAAGUAGGUCAUUAAGCAAUAGCAUAAAACAUCCAGGGCUGCAAUUAAAAUACAUGUUAAAUAAUUAUAAUAAUUAUAUUGAUAAUUAUUGAUAUCGAUCAAUAUGAUUUAUUUUUUAUCGAUAUGCUUUUUUUCUAUAUCGUCCAGGCCUAGUUCCGCCUACUGCCUGUAUAGGAAUUUGAAGCCAAAAAGCUCUUGGUAUUUCUGGGAUUUUUCUUCACUUCCUGAAACCAGCGCUGCGCAGUAGCGAUGCGCGUAUUCGGCCGUGCAGUCGCUGAGAGUUGCUGUGAUGACGCUCUACUCAAACAGUGUAUCCCCGGGGAGAGCGACGCAAUCCCUGAACGCCCAUAGGCUGUAUCAGGUGUCAAUCAUAGAAAACAUGAACCCCCUAAUAACUUUUAAAAACUGAGCUUCACAGAAAAAAGAGGACUUGAGCACAAACCAGUCUUACAGUAACUACAUGUCAACAUCACAAGCAGGGGGGAGAAAAAAUUAUGCUCUGUGUAAUAAAUUUCUAAAGUUGUCCACAGCAUCAUAAGGAUUGCUGGCAGAGGCAGGAUUUAUGACCUAUACUGCAGCCUGUUGCUAGAGUGCACUGUUCUCGGAGUGGCUUCACCCAUCGAGGAGGCGGACGCUGUCCAUUCUACAUACAGUUUAUGCAGUUUGACUGUUUUUGGCAGCAGUAGCAUAAAGUAACAGAGACACUGCCCCCUUCAGGCAAAGAUGUGCAUGCUGUAGUCUUAAUUUUGCACCAUCUGCAGACUGCCUUUCGCUCUGAACAGCUGUUGUGUGUUUUGUAGUCUUUGCACUGAUGUAAACAGUGACUUAAACUAAUACAGGGGUGAAUUUUGCAUCCCAGUGUGUGUCUUAAAAUGAAAAAUCAAUGCAGUAAUAGUCCGGUUAAGUUUUAGCACAAAGGAGCAAAAUAGAAACAUGAUUCAGAGAUGGUGAAAGCUCAGACAUGCUGUCACUGGGUUUCUUAUCUUUGAGCUGCUCAGACCUCACUUCUGUUAUAAUUACUCCGGCUUGAGUCACUACAGGAGGCUAUUGUGGGAGAAAUAGUGUUCAAUUGUUAUUGUGCAAAUGCAUUCAUUAAAAUGUUUUCUCCUUUUAGUAAUAAAAACAACAUUACGUUUUUUUCACAAUGUGUUCGUCGUUGUAAAUUAGCAGAUAACUGCAGGAAUAUGAGGGAACUGUUGUGUCUCAAUCCCAUUUUAAUGGAGAUACAAAUCAGCUGUAAUGGUGCAGUCAAACAUGCAAACACAGCACCAGACAGCCCCUUGUCUUUCACUCAAUCUGUAUUGAAUUUCCACUGAACCUCGUUUCAACCUGUUUAACAUCAGCGAUCCAGCAUGUCCUUGAUUUUCUUUCUCAAAUCUGACUUUAAAAUGAGGUCACAGGAAUGAUUGCUCAGAUCGCGCUCUCUUUUGUGAAGUCUGAAAAAAGGGGAAGAUAGAUAUGGAUCUGAGGAGAGACAGACAGAGAGAAACUGAUCGACGAAAAGAGGGAUAGAGAGUGACAGACAAGGAAAGGUGAAGAGACAUGCGGAUAAAUGGAAAUAGAAAGGAAGAGGCUGACUAAAAAACAAAUGACAACGUGUGAACGACAUGAGGACAAAAAAGACGGCAAAGACAGAGAUGAAAAGAGAUAAGAGACAGAAAAUGAGACGUGAUGUGAGAGCUGAAGGAAACGCAAAACUGGAAGGAUGAAGGAUGGACUGAGAGUGGAGAAGGCAGAGAUGGAGACAGAUGAAGAGAAAGAUUGAAGACAAGGUGAAAAGAAAUGGAGACAGAAAAAAGAGACAGACGAGCAAAUUCCAGACAGUGACACAGACAGACAGACGGAGGGACGGACGGAGGUGGAGUAUGAAAGGUAGAAUCAGGCGAGACGCCUCCCAAUCAGCCUGUCUGCACCAGUCCUCCGUUUCUUCCUCCCAUUCUGCAGCCCCCUCCUUUUUUCCCUCCCAUCCCUCCAUUUUGUCGUCCUCUCUCUGUCUCUGAUGCUGUUCCAACACCUCAGGGCUUCAGCCUCACAUCCACCAUCCAACACGCUAAUGCUCCUCUGCUGCUGCAGCGUAAUCACCCACCAAGAAAAAAAAAUCCUCCCAAAAUAAAGAGAAACUGAAACAAAGACGAGCAGGGUCUCGUGUGGCUCAACGUGCCUCAAACAGCUGGAGAAAAUCCAGAAGAAUCUCACAUUGAUUAAAACUAUGACUGCUCUUUGAAACCGUACAUUUCAGGAUUUUUAUUCCCUCGUCUUCUGCCGCUUGAUUCACGCUCAAUCCCCAAUUUUACAGCCUGCUUUGCAUUUCUGUUGUCAGAGAGUCAUUUUAGGAAACAACCACCAACUUGAGUGUCCAGUCUUCAGUCUUCUCCUACCUCUGUGUGGACAAUCAGCCAUUUAAAAACAACAUAUGCUUAAAAACAGCCGCCAAUUGUGGCAUUUAAGGUUCUUACAGGGAGCAGGGUUGAAUCCUGAUGGUGCAGUAUCUGCUGAAAAGUCAGUCAAAGAUGGGCAUUGCAUGUUUGUGUGUUCAUGUCAUUUUACAGAUAUUCAGAAGCAUUGAAGGCAGCUUCACACACACACACACACACACACACACACACACACACACACACACACACACACACACAAUCCCGUUCCACCCUGUCCGCUCUGAGGCUACACAUGGCCACCGUCUUACCCAAUGAUACCCCUGUUACUCUGAAACCUGCACCAUCCUGAGCACUGCAGACUUCUGCAUUUGAGGGUCUGUGUCAUGCUGCAAUACUCCACCUAUGUGCUAGUUGGCAGUAUGAUGCCUGUGCUCGUUGUAUCACCAGGUUUUGGUCCUGCUACAUUCAUGACACCUAGACUUACAGGAGGGACAGAGGCAGAAUAACUUUUCUCUACAUUACACCUCCACAGGUUAUUCAAUGCAGAUGUAACAGGGUCUUUUAAUAGUAGCAUGUUGUUACAGCCAAUACACUCAUGUCCAAACAAAAACCAAAUCCAUUAGUUUUGGUCCUUAAACCUUACCUAUCAUUGACUUUACAACUCCAAAGACAUGCUACCCAUUCGAGCAGUAUAAUCAUGCAGAUGGAGGUGUGUUGCUGGCCAUCUUAAGAUGUGACUGUUAGGAAACUUUCCUGUGGAGAGUGAGUUUGAUUAUUGGAAAAUGACAGAAUAUGUCAGACAGAACCCUGCUACUUCAGGACAGGGUGUGUGGAGAAGUGUUUCAUUUGAUGUUCGAUGGUUUAACAGGCACUUAAGGUAGAGGAAAAUUCUGCUUAAACUGGCAUUAUCCAGGGAAAAACUUGGGCCAUUCAAUUUUACAAUUCAUUAAGUCCUCAUGGGGCUUUGAAUGGACUUGCUGCAGACUUCUGAAGGGUCAGCUUGGAUGCGUGGAGCAUUUGCAUUCACAUUCAUUGAAGGUAGUGAAGUGUAAAGCUCAAUAUUGCAUUGCAUUUUCUUUCCUCGUGAACCUCUGUUGUAUUUAUUGUUGUCACCUGAAGAAUAGCGCACCAGGAAUGACAUCAUAAAGUUCAAGGUUACCUUCUGUUGAGCAGAUCCAAAAUAAAAGCAACAAAGUAAGGCAACUUCAAUGAGCAGGAGAGCAGAAAUGACUCUUUUUAUAAAUCCAGACACCACAGGCUGAAUUAUUGAUCCUCAGAAUAUUACAUCAAGAGCUUCAUAAUCUAAUUCAGCUGCUAAUGUGACUCUCCAAACAUCCUGAGCAAACCUGUGGCUGAAGUAAUGAAAGCCUUCAUGGACUGUGUAGGUGCAAACAUAAAGUGAAGAGCAGAGCAAUGAGCAGCCCUGACAGCGCUCCGCACUAGUCUGGGAUGGAUGGAUCAUACAUCACCGGCUGACCUCUGAAAAACAAAUUUGUCCUCUCCAUCACAUUAAAAAAAAAAAAGACACAUGAAGAUAGUCCCAAGUAUGUGAUGUGAGCGACGUCGUUGGGGGUGUUUCUGCAUCAGUCGCUCAGAGACUUAUUUGUGCUCAUCCCUUGCACCUGCUGAGUAACACUAUUUGAUUCUAACACCACCUGAUAGUAACAGUGUGUAGCUGUUUUUGUGUGUAUGGUGGAGGUGUUCAUUUAUAUCCCAGGGCUGUCAGUAGAGUAAAUGAACUGUGCGCAUCAGAGCUAAGAGGCUACCAGCAAUUUGAAGCUCAGUAAACAAGAGGCGGUGCAGCGCCGAGGGCAGGACGAGGUCACCGGCCGCUCAAACAACAGGCAGGUUCAUCAGGUCAUGUUUGCCUGCAGACCUGCUGCAUCUGAAGAUUAUGAGAGACUGCGCCAGGUGCAUGUAAGACUUGAAAUGAAUAUUAAGCAAUGUUAUAAAAGAAAGAAAGUACCUGAACUUGAAGUCGAUAAAAAUCCCACCACCUAAGUUAGCUGACAGGACAGUGAAGGAGCCAGUCAUUUGGAUCUAAAACAAGCUAGGUUGUCAAGACUAUAAGGCUGUUUUAUGAUCUAGAGGGGCUGGUCCGAAUCAAAGGUUCUUGAGUUAUACUUUCCACACACUGAGAGGAUUUUAAAAGAUGAACGUCUGACACCCUCUCACAUCUAAAGACGAUGUGUCAGCAAGUCACAAAGUUUUUAGUCACAGACUGAGGAUUUUGCAAAGCCAGGGGAUCUUGCAAGGUCACCAACUAUAAGACUACAAUUAAAUUCACAGCCCCAGUCUGGACAGUGAUUAGCUAGGUAGCUACAGUCCAGAGGAUUUUGAGGGCUACAUGAAUUUUCUGUCUGAAUUUCUCAAAGUCAACUAAACAGUUUUCUUUUUUUUUUAAUGCAGAUGGUACAAAUUAGGGUUUUGGGGAAACACUCAGGAACUUGGUUCAUGUUUAUAUGUCUUUCAUAUUCACCAAGAUGCCAGUUUAGAAAGUCUUGCUGUUCAUUGGUCUUUCAUCUAUUUAAUACGCCUCUUUUACACAGAUUGCUGUUUCCAGUCUCACAUUUAAGAGGAUGCAUGUGUGCAACUUUCUUCCAUCAUGUUCUGAAGUUGAUGGUCUUGCAUGCUUAUAUGACCAUUCUCAAUCCCCUCAUACAAACGCUUUAGACCUCAACCUCUUGGAGAGUCGUCCUAGGUUUGAUUCGGAGUUGUGGUCCUAUGCAGCAUGCCAUCCUCUACGCUCUUUUCCUAGAUUCCCAGCCUAAACCAUUCACCACCCUAACCUCUGAAUAAGUGAAAAAAGCCCAAGCUUGGGUCACUUUGGGGAGUGCAGAGGAUGGCAUUGUUCCAGUUGACAUUGUGAAUCAUAUUGUUGGACCUGCAUUAGCCAGGUCUUGGUAUUUUCUUGCUCUACAUUCAUCUUCAUUAAGGUCUUGGUUUUGUCACAUACUUGAUCCAUGCGGCUCUUGGUCUCAGUUUAGUGGUCUUCACAACAAGUGUAGUAGAAUAAAACCCUGUUCAUGUGUGCUGGCAGGAUUUUGAUUGUGGAGCUGGUCUCAGCGUCUUUGGUGGAUGUCCCUGUGUUUUUUUUCAUCGGCGCCCUCUGGGUGAAUAACCCAGUUAUGCCAACACAGUUGUGUCAUUCAUGUGAGUGAAGAGGCUGCUUUUUUUCAGGCAUGGCUGUCGUUUGUCCGACUGUGCUGUUUAAAAAAAUAAUCAAUGAGUAAACCAACCAACAAGCCAGCCAGUCAGUCUGUUAGUGUAUCAGUCAGUAAAUUAACCUUCCUGACAGCCAACUCGACAGCAGUCAGGAGCUAAUGGGAGUAAGUCGUCCAGUCAGUCAGUAAGCCAGUCUCCGCCCCAUCUCCCAGGCAGUAAGGCAGCAAGCACAGCCAAGAUGGCAGCCACUCAACCAGUAAGCCUUCCAGUUGGUCAGCCAGUCAGUCAGUUGUGGCAACAACAGAGUGAGAUUAUCUGGAGCAUGUGAUGUAUGUGUUUACACCUCGCUCUCUCUCUCUCUCUCUCUCUGUCUGUCUGACUGUAUUUUCCUCUCUCGCUUGCUCCCUGGCUCAGCCCUCCAUCUCUCCUGUGUGAUUGUUUCUUCACCUGAGUGCCUCCCUGUUGGCGUCUCUCUGCCUCCCCCGUCUGACUCACUCUUUCACUUUCUCCUCUGAGAGUGUGUGACUGUGUUCACUAAACGUCUGGACUCCAGACUCUCUCACAGCUGAAAGUCGGCUACUCCACAUCAGCGUGUGACUCACAGAUUCAUUGAUCUGCUGAUUCAUUCAUUGACUUCUGCAAAGGUGUUACAACUCAGCUGCAUUCAAAGGAGACGUCUGCUUUACAUGUUAAUGACAAACACCAGAACUCUAAACUUUCCUCCUGAAACUCCCCACACUUUCAUGCUGCACUGAUCAGGUCCUCUGCACCCAGUCCACUUACCUCAGAGCCGUUUUGAACUCAAUUGGAUCGUGUUUUCUUGUGGUUUUAACAGGUCUGACCCUGAUGAUGUAAGAGUGAUGUCAACAAGUUCGUCUCAGCUUUGGCUCAGAGAUGACAUUUAUUUAACCAUAAGUGUUUAAAGGUUGUUCUGUGGGUUGAUUCAAAUUAUAUGCAUCCCAGGACUUAAAACCCACAGACAACAAGGGGAGUACUAUUUAUACACUUUUGUUGUAGUUAACCAAGUCCGAGUCUGUCCCAGUUUGAAAUGUUGAAAUGUGAAAAGUAUGCAUCACUCAGACCUCUCAGACCUCAAUUUACCUAUUCUGUCUGUUUUAGUGAAGAUCUGUGGAACUUGCAGGAAAAUACAUGCAAACCUUUUUUUUCUCUAGAUUUUCAGUCCAUGACAUGAACCCAAGAGGAGCUGCUCACACCGGUGAUCGAAACGGCAACCAACAUGGGCACAGUUGGCUGUUGAAAUGAAAGCAAGAUCAGGGUUAAUCAUACCAAACAUUGCUAAACCAUACCAAACAGACUAGCUGUACCCAUCCAAAUCAGGCCGCUUGAUGGAAAUGCAUCAAUUGACCAAGUAACUUAAGCUAGAGCCGCAAUUUAUGCUACUUUGACCAAUACUUUCCAGAGUGCCAUGCCCUAGUGUUUUGCCCAAAACACCUAUGUAUUACAGCCUUGAACAGUCUUUGCCUUUUUUUGAACCAAUUUAAGAAACAAAACAAUGCAGCUUGCUUGCAACACUGAUAUCUUUGUCCAUCUGUGUUGAUGCUAGGCUGCUUAAAGCAAUACAGACCAGUAGAAAUAGAAGACAUCCCUGAUUCACUGCGAGCCAAAGAUUGAUACCAGUUUGUCUGGACAGUCUCUGCAGGUGCACAGUUGUUGCUAGCUAGCCCAGCUUAUCAUACUGGCAGAACCUGCUGUGAAACAUCAAGUGGGCCAGUUUUUACGCCAAAAAGGAAGUCAGCAUUUUCUGACAAGCUCACAGGGAGUUACAGCUUCCACCGAAAAGUACCAUGCUGCCAAUAUGAUGUUUUGCAUGGACUGCAACCGUCCAUUUUCAGCCACCCUCGAUGAAGCCAUAUUAAGACAUGCAAACACAAACAGUGAGUAGAUGCUAGAGGGAGUUCUGUUGAAUCAGGAAACGCCAAUGUGAACAUCAGUGGGAUAGUUCAUGCUCAGAUAUGUGGGUUUGCAGUGAAAUAUAAGGUUCUGCAUUUGGAGGGUUGAAAAUAUGGUCACAUUGAGGUGGACUGACAAUUUCUUGUCCUAAAGUUGAACUGAUUCUGACACAUAUUACUGAUUGAAAGGUAUGACCGUUAAGAGUUUCAGUUUCCUUUGAGUCUGCUUUACUGCUGUCAGGUAAAUCCUCUAAAUAUUUUUGUGUUGGUUUGCUAGUCCUUAAUCAAAGUUUUUGGCUUUUAGACUUGAUAUUCGACUUACACCUCACCGCAUAAAUAACCUGUCUGAGCUGGAUGGGACUUUCACACAGGGGGUGACUACUAAAUACCUGGACAAGCACCAACUCAGAACUGGUGAAAGGAAUCAUCUGUGUGUUUGAAGCACCAGCUGAUGAAAGUCAAGCCGAAAACACAUCCAGCAGAAUACUAAUGCAGCCUUUUAGGAUCUGAAUGCUGCUACAAGUUUUGCACCCUCCAGCUUUGGUUGUUUUAAUUAAACAGAAAAAGUGUGAGAGUGUGUGUCCCACAUCGUAUUGUGAAAUUCUGAAGUAUGAAUGAUUAGGAAACAUCAUAAUUGCGUUGCAUUUCCCGCUGAGAUUCUUCAUUUUGUUACACUUCAUUCCCCAUUCAAAGCACAGUCUAGACCAGACUAAUUGAGUGUCUAUGGCAUUGAUUCAGACUAUUAACCAUCUGUGCCUCUUCCUCUCUCUGCCCCCGUCUCACCCCCAUUACCUCCUGUCCUCUCUGUCUCUCUCUUCAGGAGUUUGGAGGACAAGUAGGAUGCUGAGUAUCUUUCCUCCACGCCACUGUUCUCCACCCUGCUCUCCAUGACCUGAGAGCACCAUCACAGCGGGAGGAACGAAACACCAGAAAGAGAGAGGUAGAGGAGGGCAGAAGGCCAGGGAAGAAAGGAAGGAACCCAUUUUUUUUGUUGUUGUUGUUGUUUGUUUUCCUUUUUCAAUAUGGCGGCGACAGAGGCCAACGCGGCGCCUGUAGUCCAAGAAGAUGGUAAAACCCCUGAAAGCAAGCCAGCAGAAGCAGAGCAACCGACUAAAAACGCCAACGCAAACUCAGAGACUGUCAAUAGCGAGGUCGUCGAUAAAGAUGGCACGGCUGUAAACAACGAGGUUGUCGACAACAAAGAGACUGUGAAUAACGACACAGCCGCAGGAGCUGAGGAGGCAGAGGCAGCAGAUAGCGGUGAGGCAGCAGCUCCUCAGAGCUCAGAAAACACCUCCUCAACCGAGCCCAAGACCUCCUUCUUGGACUCCUUCCUCAACAAGAGCGGCCUGGGGAAGGUGAUGGGAGGAAGGAAGAAGAAGGAGCAGAGUUCAACAGCUACCGGUGGAGAGGAGAAUGCAGCUGAAGGAGGGGAGAAGGAGGGAGAGAAAGGAGCAGAGGAGGCUGCAGCAGCUGAUGGAGGAGCAGAGGGAGGUGCAGAAGGAGAUGCAGCAAUUGAGAAAGCUUCAGAGAAUGGAGAGAAGGAGGAGGAGAAGAAAGCAGAGAAGAGCAAACCGGCAGAGGCCAAAUCCACAGUGCGAGAUCUGAUCAGGAAGCCUGUGGCAAGGAUCUUCUCCCAUCGCAGCACCGAGAAGAAGGACGGUGCUGCAGAACCUCAGAAACAAGUAAAGGUUCGGUCCAAGUCCCUCGACCGGCUGGAAGACGCUGAAGCACUUAACACCACCGCUGACUCCACCAUAGAAGAGGGAGGAGCAGCAGGAGGCACAGAGGGAGGCGUAGAAGGCGAGCAGAAAGCCUCGUCCUCCUCGGCAACCACUAAGCACAUGAAGCGCUGGCACUCCUUCAAGAAGCUGAUGGCCCAGAAGGCACAUAAGAAGAGCGGAGGAGGAGGAGAGGAUGGCAAGGAGGAAGGGGCAGACGGAGAGGGAGGUGGAGACUCCUCCACGUUGGACUCCAAGGAGUCGGGACAGAAGAGGUGGAAGCUGAAACGCUCCUGGACAUUCCAGGGUCUGAAGAGGGACCCGUCCAUGGUCGGCAUCAGUGGCAAGGCCAAGGGCUCGGACAAGGACUCUGCUGACAAGCCAGAGGAGGGAGCUGCAGGAGUGGAGGAGGGAGAGGAGGCCAAGCCAGAUGGAGACGCAGAGGAGGCGAAGACAGAGGGAGGGGAGGAGAAGGCUGAAGGAGGGGAGGAGGAGAAGGCAGCUGCAGCAGGAGGCGGGACAGUGACGCAACAUGCCAAUGAGAUCUGGACAUCCUUCAAGAAGCGUGUCAUCCCCAAGUCCAAACGCGCCAACACAGAGUGUGCCCCCAGUGCAGAGGAUGAUGCAGCAGCAGCUACCGGGUCGGGUAAGAUGACAGCUUUCCCUCCAAAAAAAGGUGUAAAAUGGUCUUUCAAUUUUUAGGGCUGAAAUUAACAACCACGUACAAAAGUUUUUGAAUUGCUCAGGUGGCGUGCUUCAGCCUGCAGCCAUGAAACAGACUAUGGCUGCAUCUUGAUCCUUUCAGCUGUAUCAAAGUCAGUCCACUAAAGGUUCUCAAGCUUUUUGUCACUAACAGACUCAGAUUGUUAUUCUUCUAGAACUUCAGUUUACCAAAGGGAAAAAAAUAGAUAUACCUCAAAUGUUGAUCAAUGAUACAGUGCAGUAGAAGCAGAAACUGUAGUUCCACAACUGUCCACUUGAGGCUUGCUCCAAACUCCCAGUAGGUCCCAUUAACAGCUAUGUUUAAAAUACAAAUCUGUCAAGCAAGAAUUUUGCAUAAUGAGCCAUGAUUCACUAACAUCCAUAUGAACGCCAAUGUAAGCUGAGCAAAUGUGAAAGGACAUUGCAUAGGAGACAAGCAGAUGGACUACAGUGCGUUCCCUCAAUUUAACACCAUGCAGCAGUAACUGUUCUGUCCUAUUUCUUCUCACGACUUUGUUUACAUACUGUUUUAUUCGUCUGCAGGUCCUUGUAGACCAAUAAAACUGGAUGUGGAUUUUAACAUUCUGACUGAAGUUUAAUCCGAGAGAUUUAGGGUUUGUUAGGAAGUGAAAAGUGGGACUGAAUUUCACAUGCCAAGUCAGUGAAUCUCAGAAAUGUGGCUCCAAGUUGGAAUCAGUCUCACUACCCAAGAUCCAGCACAGUAUUUGUGAAGAAACCCACCGAUCAGGGGAGCAAUAGUUGAGCAGCAGUGGUGAGAGCAAGGUCAAAUAACUGUUUCUGCCAGCAGAGUCUGAUGGCUCUGAAGGGAGUAAGGAAAAAGUAUAUUUUAUAGCUGUUGGAUAUUCUUUGAUCACAGCCAGUGUAAUGGGCGCCACAAGAAGAAAACUGCUGGAAAUGUUCCCAAACUUUUCAAACAUGAAGCCAAAAUGUGUAAAAUGAGGGCCAAGACUUAAGAAUAACUAAGGCAAAUCGUUAAGACAAAUCCCAGGCCUCUGCUGUAAAACUGCCUCCAUUCAUGUCUGUGCUUUUCAGCAGGUUUUUUUUAAAGCUUACCUGAAGAUAUCAGGCAUUCACUUGUAGGACAAAACUUUCAUAUGAACCAAGGAGUCUAUGAGGUUUUAAAACAGCGAGCAUUUUAUCACAUAUCCUGGUGCACUGGAGUUCAACAUGAAGAUGGAUAAAAUAUUCAGACUCAGAGGCUGACAGCAUGUUCACACUCGCUCCGUGUCCUCCCUUGUCCUGGGAGCACAGACAGGAGUUAGUGGCUUGCUAGCUCUAGAGGAGGUAAUGUAAUUGAACAUUCUCCAAAAUAAAAUAUUCAACAUCUGAUGUGAAAUUCAAAUCUCACUGCGGCUUCAGUCAACAGCAAAGACUAAAUUUAACUUGCCUCCUACCCCUGGCAAAGACAGAAAAAUGGAACCAAAACACACAACCCUGGGCUCUUUGUAUUGUCUUUUCAAAGGAGGAUACUCAUGUUGUUUUAAACACACAGACGGUUUCAGGCUGAAACUUCCACCUUUAAUGAGCACAACUCUCCUUCUGUUAAAAGAACUGAGUCACAAUAUUGUGAGGAAAUAUGAGCGAGAUGCUUAACGUGAACCAGGAUCAAAACUACAAAGUUGUUACUCUGAAAAAGAUUUUUACAAUAAAUUCCUUUGGUACAGAGUUUUAUUGAGGAGUUGAACUUCUUAACAAGAUGGAUAUCCUGUAUUAUUUGAGGCAUUUCAGAAAAAAACAGCCAAAAAAGCUCUUGAAACAGACUUCAAAGAGAGGCUGACCUGGUAUUUGUGAGAAACAUCAUUUGAGGUCAAAAACAUCAUUUCUGCGUUUGAUGACACAGGGUUACCUUUACUUUGCAGAUCUGGAUUAUAUACAGAAUAUGGGACAAGGAUUAUUAUCAUAUAUGUAGGAUAGUUUACACAAUUUUGGAACUACUCGUGUAAAACUUUUCUGACCAAGCACUCAAUGAAAAAAGCUGCUUUUCUGUCACUCUGAAACUGAAAGCUUUGCAGGAAAAAUCAUGUUUGAUAAAAAAGCUCUAACCCUGAACUGUCCUCUUCCCUCCAGGCGAGGAGGGAGCAGCAGAGGAAGGCAAAGACGCCAAGUCAGCCAAGGCCAAGCGCUCACAUUUCGGCCGUGCAGUUUCCCUGAAGAACUUCAUCCUGCGGAAGGGCAAGUCCACCAGCGUGGACAUGGGCGAGGGUGCCAAGGAGGAGGAGGAAGCCACAGAGGCGGCGGAGGGAGUGGAAACAGCAGAGGAAGCAGGAGCUGAAGGUGAAGCUGCCAACAAGGAGAGCAACGACAAAGACGCGGCGGAGAAGACAGCAGAGGAGGCGGUGAGCGGAGAAGAGGCACCGAAGGAGGCAGCUAAGGAGGCAGCUAAGGAGCCAGAGAAGACGCCGGUGGAAGCUCCAGUGACCAACGGAGAGAACGGCUGCUCCAAUGGCACAGGGGAGGAGCACGCCACACACAAUCACCAGGAUGAGGAGAAGACGACAGGGAGCAGCCCUGUAAAGAAGAGCAAGGAGGCAGGAGGAGCUAAAGAGGAGGCCAACGCUAAGAUCAUCAAUGCCACAGCAGCUGUGAACAGCGGUGAGUUAGAGCGCGCCGAGCGGGACUCUGAUGAGCCACAAAACAGCAGCAGCAGCAACAAAGAAGGAGAUACUAACAACAGACAAGAACCAAAACAAGCACCAGCACUAACAAACCACAGCACCACACUAACCACAGAGCCUGAGUUAGCAUUAGCUGUUAGCAGGGAGGAGGAGGAGGAGGAGCUGGAGGAGGGGCAGAGAGGGGAGGCAGAGUCUCCACAAAAUGGAGGUUAUAACCAAAGGGCGGAUUCAUAUGACCAGGGAGAUAGAGAGGGAGGGACCGAGGAGGAGGAGGGGGAAGAGGAGGAAGAGAUGAGGAAGAGGGACUUAAGAGAGGCAGCGGUGGCUAUCGUGCAGAACGUGAUGUCAGCAGCGACUGACCAAUUAGAGAGGGAGCUGUGCGUCGAUAACGGCAUGAACGGGUGUUACGAUGCCGACUUGGGUUACUGAAACACACACGGUCACAUUUCUGCACAAACGUGUAAAAACUGUUCACUCUAACGUGCCAAAAAACACUGGAGUCAGCACAAGCUAACACACACGGCCGCAUGAAAACACACUUACCAAACACGAAAUUCACAUUUUAUCAUUUCAUUUUCAAAUACUGAAAUUACAUCAACGAUAUUCAAACGGUGUCUGUGUUGGUUCAGAGCUGGAGGAAGGACAUAGACGAGCUUAGCAUACAGCUGCAUGAUGCAGGGGAAACUCUGUAUUAGUCCACGUACCAGCUUCUGCAAGAGCCAGACUUUCUCCAAACUCCCUUUUAAGUACAGACUUAAGUAAGGAUAAAAAGGAUAAAAAUCACUUGUUACAUGAUCAUCUAUUUCUGUGUUUGUUACAAUCAGGCGCAAAAAGUGCAAACACAGAGAUAAUUCCAAAGCUGUUUAUGUAUUCAGCAGCCUUGUCCUCUGUGCAGUACUUCGUGUCUACAGAGCCAGAGUUUGCAUUUUCAUGGUACAGACAUACCAGACGCGUCUUUGGUGUUUUCUGGGACUCUUGGCAUUGACAACACUAUAUAGACUUUCCUUCAUCAUUAUGUCCAGUAUGCCUUAGUCAGUGGCAUGUUCGGUCUUAGGAUAUUUUCCGACUGUUUGCUAGUUUGAUCUUCUUCCACACUGCUGGCGUUUCAGCCACAAGCUAUUUAACAAAAACUGUUGUCAUCAACAUCAAGUCGAAUUGCUGGUUUUGCAGCAAUUUCGAUCACAAUGGGCAGUUUCAGUCACUUAUUGGUGUAAAACUUUUGCUCACUUGAGCUUUCAAAAUGUGAAGGUUUGCCACUUUUUUUUGGGGGGGGGGGAGGCAGUCAGUUAAGUCUUUAGGGGUUUUGGACUGUCAGUGCUACACAACAAGGAUGAAUUUGGGCUACAGGGAACUUUUUUAGACCUUUUAACUGAUUUUGAACCAAUAAAGCAACAGCCUUAAAACAUAAUCUAAGACAGGCCAGCCAAUAUUCCCUGGUUUAAGUUUUUAUGAAAAAGCUUAUCUAACUAUUUCUGAAUGGAAAAAGCGCACACUUUAUAUUGGAGUUUCAGGAACACUUAACCUCUUUAUAUGCAGAACAACAUAUACAUGGGCAUGUUUCCCUGAGAGGAUUGCAUGAUAUAAAUAUUAUGUUAGUUCUUCCUAAAUCCCUUUAAAAAAAAGCUGUUGUGUUGUUUUUUCAUAAAUGUUCUUCAAAAGUCAAAACCAGCGAGUAUUUUAUAGUAGAGAGGUAAAAAGAGAGAGAGAGAGAGAGAGAGAGAGAGAGAGAGAAGUAUCCCUUUCAUUACUGAUUGCUUACUUUAUUAAAAUGUCAAGUUCACCAGCAGCCAAACAGUAAAACUAUUUAACGAUAACAAGGAAUCAGGUGAUGAGCGUGGAUUCCCAGGGCAGCUGCAGUCGAAGGUGCACUCUUCAUGAACCUCUACUAAAAUAUAAAUAUCCAAUUAACUGCUACAUGACACAGCCGGGCAGAGUGCACGUUAACUACAGCCCCCAUGAAACAUCGGUCUGAAAGAGUCAGCAGGAACAUGUUUGAUUUAAUAAAAGUACUGACAGUGAUGUGAGGAAAUUUGAUGAAGAAUACGUUCCUUUUUUUGAACAUUUAUUUAUCCCACGGGCAGCUCUUUUCCUGCAGAGCCUCACCUCUGUCAGUGCUGUUUUCACGUUCCCACCUGAGAGCCACUCAGAGCAGCUGGACACCAAACAUCAGGAGGUGAAGCGCCUCUGAACCAGGAGGUGAUCUUUUCCCUUCUCUAUUAUUUAUCACUUUCCAGCCUCCACUCCAUUCAGAAGUGAGUGAGGCUCAGUGUCCAGCAGCCCUCCUCACUUUGAUCUAAAACUGCCCAACAGAUGUUUGACGGGAGCAUCAUGGCUCCCGCUGCUGCUGUGCAGUUUUACCUAAGGACUCCUCCAAGCACAGAGAGGUUUGUCAGACUCAGACAGCCAACUUAAAGCUAAAUGAGGCUGGAAAAUGUGCAAACUUCUGAACAGUAUUAAGAGAAAACGCACAAGCAGCAUUCAAAUUAAGCAUGUGACAUUCAAAGCAAAGUAAAAAGCAUAUCGGAUGUAAUGAAAUAGGAUAUGAUACAAUAACAGUCCAUAAAAAUGGUGGUCACUGGAAAACCACUACUGGUCAACCACUGGUCCUUAUCCAUGCAAAAAUAGUUUUGUAAUCUAUUCUUAUAAGCAUGCUCAGUCCACAGUUUGAAAAACCGAUGAAAACAGUUUCCCAAUUAUCAACCUAAAUUUAUGGGUAUGACUGGAGUGUUCGGCAUUCAGUUAAGAAUCCAAAUUUGUGAACUGAUACUGAUCAGUCUGUUAUUUUUGCUGCACUGUCGGCAUUUCUUUCCAUGGUGUCUGAUUCGACUCUCUUUGCCUCACUUGAUUUUUUUACCCAGAGCUCUGAUUUAUUAGUCAGAUGUCACAUGAUACACUGUUUAUUUACACACACAGAUAACUCAAACUAUGGUUAGACCUCAAUUAGGCAAUUUAACUGGUUUACCGUCCUUGUCCCAGUUUACAUGCACCGGGUAAGAGCCAAAUUCCUGCAGAAGCAUAUCAAUUUCUGCUCCCAGUUGACCUGUUAUAUAUGAAAGCAGUUGACAAAUCAAGCUAGCAAUAGGCUGACCUUUUACAGCUCUGUACCGUUUGUUCAUGAGAUGGGAAAGUUUUGUAUUUUUUUAAUCUGUCUUUUCUAGACCUGUCAAGGUUGUGUUCACUACUGACCUUCCUAACAAUCUUUUAGUGCUACUUAACUUUGGGCCCAAAGCUCAGAGACCAAACUGUGAGCAUGUGCAGAACACUGAGGCCAGUUUGGGUCUGUUUCAGGUGUUUAGGUAGGAGAAAAUUGAUCUCACUCAGCAUUAUCCAGGAAUGAUAGUCUGACUGUGAGAAGUUGGAUUAGGGUGAUGUCAGUCAUUCUAAAAUGUUUCCGAGUUAGUCACAUUUAGACUGAAAUGAUUUUCAGUGAGGGUGAAAGUUUUGAUCAUACUUUUUCUUGAGGAGUUUAUCGUCUUUCAAACCUAAUUUUUGAUGUAAAUGCACGUUGGUUUGAGCUAUCAGUUGUUGGUCCCGCGAAUAAAAAGCAUCAGAAUUGAUCUCGAAAAAAAAAAAACUGUUGGACCCCUCAUUAAAGCUCCUCUCGUUGCCCCUCCAGCCUCCUCUCUGCUUCCUCUUAACUAGCCAAAGCUUAGAUAGUUAGCGCUCUGUUUGCGGCAGAGGAUAAAAGCUGGUUUAGUAGACAUCAAUAGAGUUGAGUCCAUCAACGGAUUAGUGAGCAAAAUCAAAGUGUCACGGAGCCUCUUCAACAAGCCAGAUUAACUAGCCUUCUCUCUCUCUCUCUCUCUGGGGGAGGGUGGGCCAGAAAUACAGACAGACCACACAACAGGGGGCGGUCAGGUUGUUUUAUUUAAGAGAAAAAUUUCUCCCACACAAAUAACAGAGGGAGGAAACUGUGAGGACAGGUUCAGGGAAAAAGUAAGGGUGAAUGAACAGGACAGUUUGUCCCUCUGUCCAUGUGAUGAUGAUCCCUCCAUACUGUGAAAACCCUGUCAUAUUUGAUCAAGCUGUUGUGUUGCUGUUGUUUGCUUUUAAAUUAACUUAAACUAACCAACACUAGCAGACCAACAUCUGUACUAAACCACUAAACACACAUAAGACACAUAACCCUUUUUAUAUGACUGUUAUUUAUUCUUAUUAUUCUUUUUCCUAUUUUUUAAUACAUUUUUUCAAUCUCUUCUGUUAUCAUUUACCAGACAAAAAGGCGGGAAACGUGUGA